AUGCCGCAGGUGCAGGUGGCCGGUCUGUCCGUGGACUUCCCGUUCACGCCCUACAAAUGUCAGGAGGAUUAUAUGGGCAAGGUGCUCGAGUGUCUGCAGAAGGUGGGUCCCAUGGAGACUGAGAGCACCAAGAUGGAGGAUGGAAGGGGACCCUCCACUCACUCCAGCACAUACACCAUGGGAUUCUUUACUGCAGGAGGUCACUGUCAGGCAGGAAGGGAGGGGGCCCAUGGUCCUCUGUGAGGGAACAGCAUUGUGUUAAGCUGGUGGUCUUCAGUCAUGUACAAUGAAAAGAGGGGGCUUCUCUCUAAUAUUAAAGGACCACUCUAGGCACCCAGACCACUUCAGCUUAAUGAAGUGGUCUGGGUGCCAGGUCCAGCUAGGGUUAACCCAUUCUAUAAACAUAGCAGUUUCAGAGAAACUGCUAUGUUUAUAAUAAGGUUAAUCCAGCCUCUAGUGGCUGUCUCAUUGACAGCCGCUAGAGGGCUUCUCACUUGACGCCAGCGUUCAUAGGAAAGCAUUGAUAAUGCUUUCCUAUGGACUGGCUGAAUGCGUGCGCGCAUUUUCAAGCUGUUUGACCAAAACUGGGGGGUCUCUAAUACCCCGCUUCCACUGAGCAGUUUGGGUUGGUACAGUCUGGUACGCUAUUUUGAGUGUUUCCAUUAUGAAAGUGGCCCAUACAACCGAAUGAAACCGCACCAUUCCUGGGCCCCCUUCAGAUGUAGGUCUAUAUGAAAUUGUACGGUACGGUUUGGGCGGAGCUACUGGCGUCACUCUAUACAAUCCAUUGAUUGGCAGACAGGAAAACGUCAAUGCUCACGACAACUGACAUGCUAGGCAUUUGGUCUAAACCCUGCAUGCUUGCAGUGGAAAUGCUUACCUGAAUAGGCUGGACCAUUCUAACCCUUCUGAUCCGUACCGACCCGACCUAUUCCGCUCAGUGAAAACGAGAUAUUAGGCACCUACGGAGUUACACCAUCACAUUAGCAAAAUCAUGUAUAUUAAACAGUCUGAGGACUUUGCAGUAUUUGGACAUGCAAGGUGCUUAGAGCACCAUGGCUCCUUUCUCUUGUCUGAAAGUGGCUUAAAGCAGCAACAGUUUUCUUAACAGCCAACUGGUUUCAGCUUUUCUAAUAUCAAUGAUUUCCCUAUUGUACAUGUACCAUGCGUAUGUUGUACGCAGUACAAAGAAAUUUCUCCCUAAACAGAUCCAAACUGGGAACAGGGCGUGUGUGGUCUGUGGCUUUUUUGAUGAUAAAAUCCAUACCAGGCCACUAAUCAGUGAAACAAACUCUAUAAGCUUGUAUCAGCACAUUGUGUGUUUCCAAUCCUCUUGUGUGAUGAUUGGAAAAGUGAGAUGAGGAUAAACUAUUCAUAUCAGCUGGUUAGAGCAGUGGUAUUAGCCAUUGGCAGUUUGAAAUCCAGGUUAAAAACACCUUCUGUCAUUUACUUGAGUCCAGUGCCGAAGGAUUUCUCCAUAGGAAAGCAUUAUACAGUGUUUCCUAUGGGGAAUUCGAUGACACUGGAUGUCCUCAUGCAUAGCGUGAAGACCUCCAGUGUCAUGUCACCAAAAGUUGCCUAACAGCCUGGAAGUCCCUCUAGAGGCUGGAGUUACCCCACAAAGCUAAUUAUUGCAGUUUUUAAAAAAAUAAUAAUUAGCUUUGCAAAAUUAAUGGUGCUGGGACUAUGCACCCAGCUGAAGUGGUCUGGGUGCCUACAGUGUCCCUUUAAUAAAUCUCACUGGGAUUUAUUCACUAAACUCAAAUGGCAAAAUCUAGGCUAAUUUAACCAAGCUAUUAAUCUUCACCAGUUAGGUAAUAUAGAACCAAAUUGAAUUCUAUAAAAUUACUUUUUCUUAGCCUCUUCCUAACUCUGCUGCAAUUGAAGAUUGUUAGCUUUAGUGUACUAAUAAUCUUAAUUUUAAUGACAGGAGGCGAGUAAUUUGCAUAAUCUUUCUUUACUAACUACCAUAGCAGCAAAGAAAAAGUGAUAACUGAGAACCAAUCACAAUGCAGUAUAGGCUAUGAGGCGUGUCAUAUUACAUCAUUUCCUCUUAACUAAUGCGACAUCACAAGUCCAUAAUACAGGAUAACCGUAGAAAAAACAUGUAUAACUUGAACAGGAAACAGGUAGAGAUCCAAACUAGGACGUCUUGAGUUCAAACGAUGAUCUUCAAUGACGUAAUGAUGAUGAAACCUUGAACGGAGUCUUUAAUAGUCCCUGUUGGUUUCCGAUUAAACUGAAAAGAGAAUAUAAAAAGGUAUUAGAUUCCAAAAGUGGUUGUGUAAAAGCAAUGAAUAUCUAUCCCUUAAGAUUAAUAAAACAAUAACGUCCUCCCGUCUAACAGUACUAACUAAAUAGCCCACCUACAUUGAAUAUAUACAUUAAGUCCUUGAUGGGCAAAAGCUAGACACUAAUACAGUAAUAGAAGAAACAAAUGCUAUAGAUAUAUAUGAAAAACAGAGGGAGGGAAGAACGAAAGAGAGUAGGGAGGGAAAAUACUCGCCUCCUGUCAUUAUUAAAAUUAAGAUUAUUAGUACACUAAAGCUAACAUAAUGUUCAAUCUUACCACAUGACAGGAGGCUUCAUAUUUUGCAAUUUCUUUUGUAAAUAUCUUUUUAUUAAACCUUUUCGUUUUUGUCAAUUUUGCAACAUGUCAAAGAGAAACAUGGACUCGCAGGUCCCUCUGGUCAUUCACAGAAGCUUAUACAUCGGAAGGCAUGUGAUGACAUACGUGUCUGGGCGACUCGCAGGUCGCUUUCUUGAGUAAAUAGCAUGUGUAUUGUGGACUCGCAGGUCCGGUGUUACAUGGUGGUGCUUAGUACUCUGUUAUAUUUGAUAUAUACCAUUUCUACGUUGGGUGGUUUUGCAUGCCCCACCGUGGUUUUGCUUUGUUUGUCUAUUCCCCAUGCCUACCCAGUAGCCUCUAGGCAGUAGUGAGACAUGUGGCCAUGUGGUGUGCAGCCCCCCAGUGACCUUGUGUCCAGGGUCCAACCUGGCCUUAUUGUGGGGUGUUGGCCCCCUGCCAUAGUAUAAUUUGGUUCUGCCCAGCGGCAUAGGUGGUGUUGGUGGGAAUAACCUAAGGGGCAUCCUGCGACUCCCUCCUAACUAAUGAGCUUUAUAGCUCACAAAACAGGCGCUCUUCCACCCCCUUUACUCGCGAGGCCGCAGUCCGCCCCGAGCCCCGCAAGUGGUCGCACCCUAGCAGGUGUCGCGGCCCUCCCCUGCGCCGCCCCCCGAUAUUUUGCAAUUUCAACGCUGAGAAAAGUAGAGCAAAAGCUGGAUUAGAUGGAGGACGGAAGUAGAAUUUCCUAAAGGUGGAUUCUCUAGUCCAGUCCGCUGCUCGCAAGAUAUCUGGAAGGGAGGCACCGGCCGCGGCCCCGCGAACAGAGUGUGCUCCAAAAGCUUGGUCAAUCCCGGCAAGGGCUAAGAGCCAUCUGGCCAACGUAGUGACCGAGACUGGACCGUAGGGGCGGACGUAAGAGAUAAGAAGUUGACGAUUGUAAGUAGGCCGCAACGUCGCGGUAGCGUCCACGUAUUGAUGGAGAGUAGAGACCAUGCAGAGCUGAAGGUCUGAUGGGAAAAAAGGGGUAAAAUACAGAGGAAGAGUCUGACUUUGUGCGUCUAGAGACCUGGAAGGUUACACCCGCUGGGCAAAAGGUAAAUGCGCCGACGUCAAAAGCGCGUACAUCGGACACCCGACGAAAGGAGACCAGGCAGAGCAGGAAGGUGAAUUUUUGCCGUAAGCUGGCGGAGUGAUAAUUUCUCGUUGGGAGGCCAGUCCCGUAAAAACUGUAAGACAAUGCCAACGUCCCAAAGUCUUGGGGGGGCGCCGAAGGCGCAUGCCGCGGAGGAGUCUACAGAUGAGCAGGUCCUAACCAACAGGUGUCCCUUGAGUCGGAGUAUGUGCCACUGAAAUGGUUAAACAUCACGUUGAUAGACUGGUAUGAUUUUCCGGCUGUGAAUAGGGAGGUGAGGAAAUUCAUGAUGGAGGGAAUAGGUGCAAUAAAGGGGUUGAAAUCAUGUCCCAGACACCAAGUUGUCCAGUAGUGGUAUGCUGAUACGUAGCACCUCAUUGUUCCUGGUGCCCAUGAAUCCCAUAGGAGAUCCCUAGUUUCCUGCGAUAAGGCCUUGGUUCGCCAGGAACCCCGGAAAGAGUCCAGGCCUCCAGAGGAAGCCGUUCCUCCCUGACCAGCGGGUGGGGUAGUCCCAUUGGGUUCCUGAGGACAGUCGGAGUAUCUGGUAGGAGGAGGGGGAUCCCUGUUCGACAGUUCCAGAAGGUCCGGGAACCAUGGUUGGCUCUGCCAUAGUGGCGUGAUGAAGGUCAGCAUCACCCUCUGUAUGUGGAUCCGGUGAAGGACUCUCGUAAUCAUUGAGAACGAUGGGAAUGCGUAAGCUCCGCAUUGUGGCCAUUGUUGCAGAAAGGCGUCCGUUGCUAGGCUCUCCGGGUCUGGGAGCCAGCUGAAGAAGUCCUUCGUCUGUCGAUUUUGUUGUGGGAAGCAAAUCUAGGGAGAAGGGACCCCUCUGCGCAUCCUGUAUCGAGAAAAUAGGAUCUAGUUGCCAGUCGCUGGCGUCUCGCCAGUGGUGUGAGUACCAAUCUGCUGUCAUGUUGGAUUCUCCCGGUAGAUGUUCUGCUAUCAGCGUGAUGUUGCGUGGUAGGCAAUAAUCGAAGAUCUCCUUCGUGAGUUCUACUAGUGCUUGGGAACAUGUGCCCCCGAGGCGGUUGAUGUAUCUUACCGCCGAGACAUUGUCCAUCCGGAGCAAGAUACAGCAGUUGGAUCGUUCCUUCACCAGGCUGCGUAUGGCGAACGAUCCUGCCAGGAGCUCCAGACAGUUGAUGUGCAUCAAAAGUUCUUGGGGGGUCCAUACUCCUCCCGUGGAAGAGGUUCCGUCUGUUGCUCCCCAGCACGAAGUCUGGCUCGUUUCCGAAUAUGGCCCGGCUGUUCCAGGCCUGCAUGCGGUUCAGCCACCAGCGCAAUUCCUCCCGAACCUCGUCCGACAUAGGGACCAGUUGGUCGUAUGUUGGGUUUAUGCGAACGAAUUUGGCCUUGAGGCGUUGCAUGGCCCUGUAAUGCAGGGGUCUGGGAAAAAUGGCCUGGAUGGAUGAGAAAAGUCACAGGGAUAUGGAUGUCAGUCGAAGGACUUUCCGAAUUUCUCUUCGGAUGGCGGCAAUCUUUGCGGCUGGGAGGUGUAGAGUGCACUGUGUAGAGUUUAUCUCGAAUCCUAGGAAUUGGACGGACUGAGCCGGGAUCAUUGAAGACUUGGGGCGGUUGAUAACGAAGCUCAGUGACUCGAGUAGGUGUACCGUGUAGUCUGUGUGCCUCCUUAGGGUCCCUGCAUCGUCGAAGAUCAAAAUGCCGUCGAGGUAAAUGAUGCAUCUUAUGCCGUUGGCCCUGAGUUUCGCCAUUACUGGCUUCGUUAUCUUGGUGAAACACCACGGGGCCGAACGGGAAGUAGGUGAAUUGCCAAGGUGUCCCGUGCCAGUAGAAACGGAGAUAGGAGCGGCUCCUUUCGUGCACCGGGAUGGUAAGGUAUGCGUCCUUGAGGUCUAGACGCGUGAACCAGUCGUUGUCUCGAAGCAGAUCCCGGAGAAGGUGGAUACCCUCCAUUUUGAAAUGGCGGUACACCACGUGGGAAUUGAGCUUCCUAAGGUUGAUGACUGGGUGGAAUUCCCCGGUUUUCUUCCUGACCUGGAAGAUAUUGCUGUAGAACCCAUUUGAGUCCGGAGCUGGUUGGAUGGCACCCUUGGAAUGUAAGUUUUGCAGUUCCGAGUCUAUUAAACAGGCAUCCGCCCGCGUAAGUUGGAUUGGCGUGGUGGAGCCCGUUGGAGCGUGAUUGUCUUGAAUUCUAUUUGAUAGCUCCGCACUGUCCGGACUAUCCAUGUGUCUGAGGAUAGUUCUGCCCAAUUUUGGGGGAAAAAAAGAAACACGACCUGCGAUAUGGGAAGAGGUUAGAGGUAGGGUAGAAUGGUGACUUACCGUUUGGAGAAUCUCGCCUGGGAGCGUCCUCAGCCGCCACGUCCACAAUCCGAUCCCUUGGACUGUUGGAAUCGAUGUCGGGUAGACGAAUCCGGGUAGAAUGGCUGUGCCCUGGUUGUGCGGGGGCCGGAUGGCCAGAAGCGGCUGGUGGCACGGCCCCUCUGCCGACCAGCCCUCCCAAAAACACCUUGGGUGCUAGGGCCGUGGAAUACUUUCCACAUUGAUGUUUGCGCUUUGUUGAGGGACAUAAAAAUAUUGACCCUCUUAUUUAGUAAUUCCUCAGUAAUUCCACAGCUUGCCCUGUGCCAAAAGGCCCUAUUCCUUAUCCCUCAGUUCGACAAGUUUGUCGUCAAUACGGAAAAGUGCUGCUCGGCGCCUUUCCGAAGAGAGGGCCACGUUAGUGUUCCCGAGGAAGCAGAAGCACCUCUGUGCCCACUCUCGGGUAUCUCGUGCCCACUCACGCACCAUAUCUGGGGUAAAGUCAUCAGCCGUCUCAUAGGUGUCACCCGCCAUGUCCAUGAUCCUUGCUAGUGGCCCGACGGCGUCUAGCAGUUUGUCUUGGGCUCCUUUAAAGUCGCGUUCCACGCCCUUGCGUGGGUCCCGACCCCCACGGGACAUGAAUGUUGUCAUGAGAGGAUCAAAUUCGGGGGUAUGUGCUACCUUGUCUGGUAGGAUCGGGCGAGGGCAUUCUGACCUCAUACGUUUCCUCACGGAGCCAGAAGUGCAUGAAUCUGCCCAGGUGAUCGGGUGGUGUCCAUUCUUCUGAACGGGGAUGGCGAAUGUUCCUGGGAUCAAACAUUCGGAGGCCUGAGUUGUCUUGGAAUAUCUCUAUACCCUCUUGUGGGUUAUCCAUGGUCGUGGCCAUGGAGUCCUGGGGCUCACCCAGGGUCUGUUCCCUUACGAGAUAAGGGUCAGAGUUUGCAGCGGAGUCGGCAAGUGCAUGUGUUGGCCCUGCGACUUCCCCAGAGGAAGCCUGAGCGGGUCCCUGGGCCGAAAGGCUCAUGGCUCUUUUGCGUUUAGCAGGGGCCUUUCCUUUGGACUUACGUGGUCCAAUGGCCUCGCCUUUCCAGUGGCGCUUAGGAGGGUGGGUGCGUUCUCUGGAGGAAUCGGAGUCCUCAGAAUCCGCCCAAUAAUGAGCCCGCAUGGAGAUGGGCUUAGGUGCGUCCUGUUCCGACUGGAACGACUUAGCCAAGGCCUUUUCCAUAGAUGCAGCUACAGCAAUCAUGGCCUUGAGAUCUGAGGGAUUUUUUGUGAUUCUUCCAUGGUCUGGAAUCAACACUCUGUGCUCACCCGGUGGAAUAUGCGUGAGGGCUCUUGGGCACAAAUAACUGUAGAGGCCUUGGGACCAGGGGGUGGUAUGGUAGUUGGUAAUGGUUAACCUGAGAGGAUAUGUGACUGGUAGGUCGGAGUAAGGUGGUGAGAGGGCUGUGUCACUGGGGCUCACCAGGAAAUCGGAAUCCUGCAUGGACAGGUCCGUUCAGCAGCACAUGAAUGGGGGCUCACCCCGGCCAGGAUAAGGGAUAGUCCAACUGGCUUAAACCAACCCCAAGUGCAAGGCACUAACCUGACCUGAUCCUACUCUGAGCUAUGAGAAGGAGGCAGAGUUCUUGAAGAGUGUUCCAGAGUACCUGGCAGAGAAGUAGCUGGAGUCUGCAACAGAGUAGCAGUAGCCGUUUAAAAUGGCCGCCGGACUGAAAAGCAGUUGAAAUGGGGAGGUUUAGUACCUUCCCUAGAGUUAGGACGGCAAAGGGAAUUGCCCGAGCGCAAGCGCCAAUAAAUGGCGCGGGCGUUCUGUGCACGAAUAGACUAACGCGAGCGCCUAAUACAAGGCGUUCACAGGGAAAUUGCCGAACAAUAAGCGUUCGGCAAAUGAAACGUACCUUCACGAUUGAAGGUAAGAUAAUGCCAUUCGCGAAGCGAAAGGACGUGCGAUCAAUGGUAAAAGGCGGGGAAAAAAAUGCGAAGAGACGUCUGGCUCUUGGGAGGUGUGGAGAAAAAACGUUGAGAAUGCCCGUAAGUCCUCUUGUAAACCCGGUUAGGGGAAACUACAGCUGAAGGGUCCGAGCCAGGAGGGGCGUCCCUGGAGUGAGGGAAAGGCGGAAAGAGCCCAGAAACAGAGGGGGUUAGCCCCAGAGAAAUGAAGGUCAAUAGAGUAACAGGAGAAAUACAAGCUGGGUAGUAAUAGAAUAUGAUACAAGCUAGAAAAUAUGAUAUAAAUAGAGAAGUAUGAAGGACAGAGAGGAGAAACCAAAAUCUGUACUUAUCUUGUAAUGGAGCAGCAAAGAAAGAGGAAAUUAUGUAAUAUGACACGCCUCUUAUAUCCUAUACUGCAUUGUGAUUGGUUCUCAGUUUUCACUCUUUUUCUUUGCCUCUAUGGGAGUUAGUAAAGAAAGAUUAUGCAAAAUACGAAGCCUCCUGUUAUGUGGUAAAAUUGCCUGGAGUCUGAUAAAUAUGGUGUGCCUUUUCUGACAGUUGACAACCCACUGAAAUGGCAUGGGGUUCCAGCUGGGAAAAUUAAAAGCCAGCCAACAGCUUUCAUAUCUUCAGGCUGUUAAUUUCCAGAUGUCAUAUCAUAUUAAUGUGGACUGACUCAACGUGGUUUUCUGCCUCUUCUGUUCGUGAUCUUAGUGCCCAUUUACUAUGCCUUGUUAUCAAACCUAAGAAGUAGUUUAUCCCAUCUGGAAAAGUGAAAGCCUCCCUUCAUACCUGGAUAUAUUUUGUGUUACAUAUUUUAAUCAAAUUUCAAACUCCCAACUAGAUGGACAGUUUUGAAAUGAAUUUGGCUCUAGCUCAUUUUCAUAUUUUCACUGCUUGGCUAGACCUUGCCAACAUGACGUCCCAUGGUGUGUGCAUGGAAAUCGCCAUUCUCUGCCAAUCCAGUGCCUAUCAUACAUAAGCAUUGGAUUUCACUAGGUGACAGCUGGAAACGUGUCUAAGGACUUUUACAAAAGUGUCAAUCCCUCGUGAAAUAUUCAGGGAAGUAAGGCAAAAGAGAUUUGGGAGUUAGUAGUACAAUGACCCCGUUUUGGAUGUUUUAAUUUUAUCUUUUAUUUACUAAUCGUUACGUAAUGUGAGUUCAUCCAAAUCUUAUAUGACACCAGGAGAGGGCGCUCUCAACAUUUCAUUUUUUCUUUCAAAACAUUACAACCAACAGAAAUGCAUUUAAGUAUCUUUUGUAAUUUUUAAAAAAAAUUUUUUUUUUGGCUAAAAGCAUUACUGACUGUCAUUAAAAAAUCAGCAACAAGGGAAUGUAUAGAAUGCACUUUUCUUCAUUUUCUUCACUUACUUUUCUUUGUAACUGUUGGAUUCUCAUGCACAGUAGUUAGAAAAUGUUAGUGUUGGUAAAUCUAAGAACACAUAUGGGCAACUUAUUUGUAUUAUUUUGAAUUUUAUGCUGUUCUUUAAUUUUUUCGAAAUGAAAUUGAAUUGUACAUUUUAAUUAAAAACAUCUAAUCUAUAUGUUAGAGCAGUGGUUCCCAACAUAGUCCUAAAGUACUCCCUAACAGUCCAGGUUUUUGGGAUUACCCAGUUGUGUCUACAGUGUUUUUUAGAGUAAAAACAAAACACUUUAGACAACAGGGUAGUCCCUAAGUCCUGGACUGGUAGGAGGUACUUAAGGACUGGGUUGGAAACUCCUGUGCUAGAAGUUUGGUUAUCUUAAAUGUGUAUUUGGAAAAUAAACGCUAAAUGAAAUCUUACAUUUAUACACAAACAAACAAGAUUUAGAUUUACUUUAUACUUAGAUCUUUACAUAUAACAGACUAUUAUUGUGCAUGUUUGCAGGGUGUGAAUGGAGUUCUGGAGAGUCCCACGGGAACGGGAAAGACUCUUUGCCUGCUGUGUGCCACCCUUGCAUGGCGCCAGCACUUUAAGGAUGGGAUCAGCGCCCGUAAGAUUGCGGAACGCAUGAAUGGAGCCGAACUGUUUCCUGACCGUCCGAUAUCCACCUGGGGGAAUACAGACACCAGUGGUCAGGGCUCAGGUACAAGUCUUAUUCUGAGAACAUGUUGCCUUCUCUCUUUGCUUCACUCUCUCCAGAAAACCACCUCUAUUUAGUAUAUUUUUUAAUUAAACAUAUAGGUGCUCUAGAUUACCUCCUUUGUCAUUCUUUAUAUAAACUUAAGACCCUGCUGUUCUCCAGCUUAUUACAGUGACAUUCCCAAGAUUAUCUACGCCUCCAGGACCCAUUCUCAGCUGACGCAGGUUAUAAGUGAGCUGAAGCACACGUCCUACAGGUAAUGGGUAUUGCUGUGUGUUGGACGGGGUAGCAAAGUUACAUUCUAAGCUUAAAGACUAUUAGAGUAAUUGAUCUUUGGAGAGCUGUUUUUCACCGUGGGUUGUAAUUAUGGAAUGGGUAUUUUGGCUAAUUUCCUGGAAACUAUUGCUUUUUUUAACUUAAGGACCAAACUUUUGGAAUAAAAGGGAAUCAUGACAUGUCACACAUGUCGUGUCCUUAAGGGGUUAAAGUUGUUUUUUUUUUGUUUGUUUUUUUUAAAUGUAGAGAGGCCAGAUGUCUAUUCCAUAGCAUGCUCUGUGUAUGUGUAAUGUGUAUCAUGUGAGGGGCCAGAGCUUAUUCAAUGUAGCCUCUUCCCUUUUUAAUAAAAAAAAAUAAAUAAUAAUUUUGAAAUCUUUUUCCUCUAGGCCCAAAGUUUGUGUUCUCGGUUCUAGGGAGCAACUGUGUAUCCACCCCGAGGUGAAGAAGCAGGAGAAUAAUCAUGUUAAGGUAACUGUUAGUAAGGGAAAGCACAGUAUGGGCAAAAUGUCUCCAGUAUUAAUAGCUCUCCAGUAAAUGUCCUGUCAGGCAAAACUUCUAAUACAGGGGUCCACGCUCACAGAUCUGCACCGACACUGAUAAUCACUCCCAUACUCACUUAUACAUACAAGCACUCCUUUAAUUUAGCUUGGCCAUGUGGCGUCUUUAUGAAGAGGGCGCUUCUAAUAGGACCCUCCAUUGUUAUUCUGGCCCAAAGUGUGUAGUCAGGGAGCAGAGUAUGAUCUGCCUUAUUCCUGCCUCUUCACACACAAUACACAGCAUUGUGCAUCACAUCCUCUGAGUCUGGCAAGUGAUGCCACUAAGCUACAUUAGUGGGGAAGCAGCCAGUACCUCAAUUGUUAGACUCUCUGGAUACCUGGUUACAUUUGCCAGAUGUCUGGUGUCUGACUGGACAAUCUAGUAAUUGAAGUGCCAGCAGCUUCCCUCCUAUGCUGUAGGCCGCAUGAAAUGGUUAGGAGACUGCAAAUGGUCCGCUGCCCAGUAGUUUCAGACCCUUGCUCUAAUAUCCAAGCUGUAGGAGGCAAAUCGGCUACCCUGUUAUGGCCGUUCUUUUGGUAAUUGGAGAUUGGUGUCCAGGAAAACAUGGUGGAUCUGUUAAGUGUGAAUGCCCUUUUUUCUUUUUACCUUUUUCCUUAUAAAAAAUUUAAGCAGGUGCAGAAUUAACCAAUAACAAGUGAAAGAAAUAAUAAAGUGUCUGAAAUAUGCACCUUAGCUUGGCAUAGGCAUGUGCACGGGGAAAAUUUUCGGUUUGGUUCAGGACUUCCGCACUUAGGGACUUCCGCAACUUUGACACUUCGGGACUUCUCUUGCAGCCGCUUAGUAGAUAACUCCCUAAUUCCCACGGUAUUAGGGAGUUAUCUACCAAAAGGCUUAAAGACCUAAAUUGGUCUUUCAGCCAAAUUUACUAAUAUUAGGUAAAUAUUACUUAGUAUUAGUAAAUGAUCUGCCCCUACUCGCUAUACCGCGAGUAGGGGCAUGUCUAUUAAACAGUGAGCAGCCUGUGGCUGCUCACUGUUAAAAAUAAAAAAUAGGGUCCCUCACCCGCGACGCGACCUAUUGUCCUCCCAUCUGGCCCCCACCCCUGAGCGGUGAGUGGGGGCCCUACAGUAAAAUAAGGGGGGGGGAAACCUAAUGUCCUCCCCCCUGAGUGCCGGAUGGGGACCCUAAAUACUAAUAGGGAGGGGGGACCUAAUGUCCUCCCCUCUGGCCCCCACCCCUGAGUGGCGGGUGGGGGCCCUAAAUUGGAUUAAGGGGGGGACCUAAAGUCCUCCCCUCCUGAAGAUGGAUUAUUUUUUUGCGCUCCUUUUUAUUUAUUUAUUUUUUUAAGUGCGUCGGUUAUUAUGGAUUUUUUUAUUUGACCUUUUUUGGGGGCUGAAAAAAGAUUUUAGAAGAAAGAAAACAUCAAAUGAUAAGUUUUAUUUUUUAGUUAAAGGUCCCUCCUUCAUUUUUAGGGUGAGGGUGGUAGGUAGGUGUUAAUUUAUUUAUUAAAAAAAUAAAAUUUGGGGGGGGGGAGUGGCGGCAAGGGGGGAGGACAUUAGGUGUCCCUCCCCCUUAUUCCAAUUUAGGGCCCCCACCCACCGCUCAGGGGUGGGGGCCAGGGGGGAGGACAUUAGGUCCCCCCCCUUAUUAGUAUUUAGGGCCCCCCACCCACCGCUCAGAGGUGGGGGCCAGGACAUUCGGUUCCCCCAUCUUAUUCUAGUUUAAGGCCCCCACCCACCGCUUAGGGGGGAGGACAUUAGGUCUCCCCCCCCACCUUAUUUUACUAUAGGGCCUCCACCUGCCGUUCAGGGGUGGGGGGCGGGGGGGCAAUAGGUCUCCCCUUCAUGUUAGAAGUCCCCACUCCCGCAGCACGGGUGGGGGUUCGGGAGGGGGACGACUACCUUUUUUUGUUUUUGUUUUUUACAGCGGUAUAGCGAGUAGGGGCAUAAUUUACUAAUACUAAGUAAUCUUUACUUAGUAUUAGUAAAUUUGUCUGAAAGACCAAUUUAGGUCUUUCAGCCUUUUAGUAGAUAGCUCCCUAAUACCGUGGGAAUUAGGGAGUUAUCUACUUAUUCAUUCCUGUCAUUACACUGACUGGCUAAGUAACUUACAUUUUAUAUGAAUGUAUGUUACUUGAUUGUUGUAAGUGUUGCAAAUGCUUACAGCUGAAUCCUGGCUAUGUUUGUAUACUUUUUAUUUAAAAUUGUAUACAGUGUAACAUUCUUCAUUCUUCCACUGGGUAAGUAUAUUAGUUCUUAGGCAAUACUGUGCUUCGGCACUUCGGCAAUUCGACACUUCAGAAAUUCGGUAAUUUUGGAACUUCGGGACUUCAACCAUUCAGCAAUUCAUCUAUUCAGAUAUUCGGAAGUACCCGAAGGUCCGAAUUGCCCGAAAUUCGUCCGAAUUCACAUUCGGACCGAAACGAAUUGCGCAUGUCUAGCUUGGCAGACAUUGGCUGAUGUAGAAUCUCACAGAGAGAAAUCUUAGAGGCAAAGAGAUUGCAGAUUAUUGGAGAAAACUAGAUAAGGUGUGAGAAGAAGAAAAAAAAAACUGCGGGGAGAAUCAUAUUGCAUUACUGUCUGUUGGUGUCUGUAAUUAUGCUUUAGCCAUUGUUAUGUUUUUUUUAUUUUUUUAUUUAUUUUUCUAGUGCAUGGGUGAGUUAACAAGCUAACAGUGACAUUUUCAAGUGAAAAAAUUAAUAAAUUCAGUACAAUGAGAUUGAGAUCAAGAUUGUCGUGAAAUGUCAGCAGUACAGCACUUUCUUUUUUUUUUUUUUAAAUAACAUGAAAGAACAAUGAUGGAAACUAUACAGUGCGUAUGAGUGAUCCUAAAACCAGUUGUUAUAGUGAUUACAUAUCGUAGGUACUGAUACUGAUUGCCACCAAUAACAAGCUUAGUCAAAUACAUAUAGGGUAAGGUGAAGGUGAAGUGACCCCUAGGUCUCACAGCAGUGCUUAUUUCUGCAUCGCUUUUGCUUGGGAUUAAAGGUACUUGCAUGUCUGAGCCUUGGGUUGUAGGUAGCUUAUUAGUGUGGAGAGGUGCCUAAACUUUCACAUCAGCUAAUAUUGCUAAGAGAAUAUAGAGUGAGUCUGGCAUAUAGGAGUUGCUAGCUUUUGCGGAGAGGAUAGCUAUUGCAUAGUGGAGCGGGGAAUCACACCGCCAAACGAUAGUAUCGUAAUAAAACAGGUGUGGAUAUCAUGUUAAUUGCUGGCACAUAUCAAUCGUAGGGUCAUAUUAAUUAUGGGCACCUAUUAAUUAGUCAUUGACACAUAUCUAUUCUGGGUACAUAUUAAUCAGUCAUUGGUGCAUGUCUCACUGGAGGUUGCUCUCUGCAUCUUAGUUUGAAUUGUCCUGAUUGUCUCUGGACUCUGCACGCAUUGCAAGUGGCUGUUCUCAGCGCCAGUCAGCCGAUCCCUCUUGUGGGCCAUGCUGGGGGUGUCUCCGCGUGGCAUCAUCUGUGCAGUGCAGGUGUCAGUUGUUGAUUAUACCCCAGCAGGUGUCUUGGGAGGUUGUUGCGGUGGUACAAUGACCGAUCAGGUCCCCUCGUCCCGUUUAGUGCGGGAAUCACUGCCCAGUGUCCCUGUGCUGCUCCUCCACGCUUGGUUGGGCAGUGUGCCUUCUGGAACUCCGUUUUCUUGGAGGCCCUCCUGGUGUGUGGACGGUGGGACUGACUGUGGUCCUGCCUGCCAUGAAGGAGGUUUGUUGCUUCGGGCAGUUGCUUGAGACCGUUGUUUGCUGCGCAGGGUUGAGCAGCAUUGUUGGUCCUGUGGGCGCUGGGGCUUGUUUGCAGCGGCCAUUUUAUGACCUCCUCGUGGGUGCUUUGAGGAGCAGAUGCCUUGUUGUUUCUCAGCAUUUUGUUGUGUGCGCCGUUCAAGCUUGUGCCAGAAAGCUUCAAAAAUCGCUUCUAGCCUAGCUGAGUAAUCCGCUUGUUCAGAGUGGUUAUUAGCUGUUUUUCCGCCCUCUCCUCGGGUUGCUUGGACUCAGCUCUGACGGCAGUCCGAGGGGUACUGCGAGUCUGUUGUGUUGCAGGCUGUGUUGUGGGGGUAAUCGUCCCCAGCGAGGACCGAGAUAUCCCCCACCGGUCCAUAGGGGGUGGUAGCAGGGCUAUGCUGAAUUCUUGUGGGUGAGCAUGUCCCACGCUGGGGGAUCGGCCGCCUCCUCCAGACGCUAGGCCCCGCUCCAGGUUAGGCCGCAUGGCCGGCUCAGAAACUCUCGUGGCGUACCGAGUCAAGACAGGCAUCCUCCCGUUUCUCGAUCGGUCCUGCAUCGCAUCCUGGGCACCGUGAGCAGCUGUUGAUAAUAGUUUGGUCGGAAAAGGCUUAAUUGUGCCUGCUGGAGCUCUCACUAAUUGCGACCGGCCAUCUUGGCUGUCGGCCCCGCCCCCGUUAUGGCUUUUUUUUUUUUUUUUAAUGCUCGUCCCUUCCAUAUUGCAAGGCGAGAUCUGUUUAGUGGUCGUCUUGAGCUAAUUAUACCUGAUCACACAUUCAAAUAUUAUGCCUGACUUUCGACUGUCCCAUUUCUUUUAGGUCCACAUGUGCCGUUCUAAAGUGUCCAACAGGUCCUGUCACUUCUACAAUAAUGUGGAAGGUGAGUCUGCUUGGAGAGCUUCUUAACAGAGCCAUGGUUUUUGGGGAGAUAAGGAUAUUUUUCAGAUUUAGGCCUUCAUUGUAAUAUCAUAGAUGGAUCUGUGUGAAGUAGAAGCCAGACUUGAAUAUGAGCUGUGAUAUUUUUCAUUAUUACUAGACCGGUUUAAAAAAUUUCAGAAAUGCGCAUGUUUAUACUGGUGUACACUACCAGGGAGUAGUUGGAGAAAUUAUAUUCUGUGCUCAUGUCACUUUUCCUUCAAGAAAAGAGUACAGAGAAGGACUUGACAAGCCACAUCCUGGACAUUGAGGAUCUAGUGAAGAGCGGCACCAAGCAUAGGUGAGCUAUACAUCGUGAUUUUGCUAGAUCUAUGCUUCUACUCCGAUAGUGUAGUGAAUUCUAGAUCCAUUGUUUGUUUUUUGUCUUGCAGGGCCUGUCCUUACUACCUGUCCAGGAAUCUGAAGCAGCAAGCAGACAUCAUCUUUAUGCCCUAUAACUAUCUUCUGGACCCCAAGGUACAUAUAUUACAUAGCUGAAAAGAGACUUGCGUCCAUCAAGUUCAGCCUUCAAUUUUUAUUUUUAUUUAUUUUACCAUGUAGCAGAACAAAAACAAAAUAGAAAACUAAAAUGUAUAUAUCAUAAAUGGACAUGCACAAAGGACAGCCAUUCCAGUGGUUAAACCUCUAAUGCCUUCUACACUGAGUUCCCAGGUGGCCUGACUGUAGAUAUUAUUUUUCUCUCUCCUCAGAGUCGUCGAGCCCACAAUAUUGAUUUGAAAGGGACGGUUGUCAUAUUUGAUGAAGCUCACAAUGUGGUAAGAUUUUUGUUCAGUUCCGUUUGCAUGACUCCCAGAGAAGGCAUUUCCUGAUAUAUUUUUCACACUAUUACUGUUCUGCAUCCAUCACAACAGUCCUGACAUUGAUCUCCUUGUUUGAUCACGUUAACCCUAGGAGCGAAUGUGUGAAGAGUCUGCCUCCUUUGACCUUGCACCAUACGACUUGGCUUCUGGCAUUGAUGCCAUCAACAUGGUCCUUGAUGAGCAGACAGAAGCUGCAGAACACAAUCUUAUCAGGUCUGAAUUCAAUAUGGAAACCCCAAGCUCUGGUAAGUGCAAUGUACGAACUGAUAUCUGCUAGGAAUGACCCUCUCAUUCUUUGGAAUUCUACUUGAGAGAGUAGAUUGUUACAUCAGCAAAUAUAACUUUCUUUGUACUUUCAGGUCUAAACAUUGAGAUUGAAGACCUUGCAAAGAUAAAAGGUGGGUAUUGCUGUCCUCCACACACACACGUCCUUCUCACUGUAUCCCACCUUCAUCCCAAUGCCAAUGGAUAAAAUACCAUCUUUUUCUCAUGUUCUAUGUACAAGAAAUUUAUAUAUUUAUACACUGCUCAAAAAAAUAAAGGGAACACAAAAAUAACACAUCCUAGAUCUGAAUGAAUUAAAUAUUCUUCUGAAAUAAAUUGUUCUUUACAUAGUUGAAUGUGCUGACAACAAAAUCACAAAAAUUCAAAAAUGGAAAUCAAAUUUUUCAACCCAUGGAGGUCUGGAUUUGGAGUCCAAGUUGAAAAAUUCACUACAGGCUGAUCCAACUUUGAUGUAAUGUCCUUAAAACAAGUCAAAAUGAGGCUCAGUAGUGUGUGUGGCUUCCACGUGCCUGUAUGACCUCCCUACAACGCCUGUGCCUCCUCCUGAUGAGGUGGCGGAUGAUCUCCUGAGGGAUCUCCUUCCAGACCUGGACUAAAGCAUCUGCCAACUCCUGGACAGUCUGUGGUGCAACGUUGGUGGAUGGAGCGAGACAUGAUGUCCCAGAUGUGCUCAAUUGGAUUCAGGUCUGGGGUACGGGUGGGCCAGUCCAUAGCAUCAAUGCCUCUGUCUUGCAGGAACUGCUGACACACUCCAGCCACAUGAGGUCUAGCAUUGUCUUGCAUUAGGAGGAACCCAGGGCCAACCGCAAGAAAUGCCACCCCACACCAUUACUGACCCACUGCCAAACCGGUCAUGCUCCAGGAUGUUGCAGGCAGCAGAACGUUCUCCACGGUGUCUCCAGACUCUGUCACGUCUGUCACAUGUGCUCAGUGUGAACCUGCUUUCAUCUGUGAAGAGCACAGGGCGCCAGUGGCGAAGUUGCCAUUCUUGGUGUUCUCUGGCAAAUGCCAAACGUCCUGCACGGUGUUGGGCUGUAAGCACAACCCCCACCUGUGGACGUCGGGCCCUCGUACCACCCUCAUGGAGUCUGUUUCUGACCGUUUGAGCAGACACAUGCACAUUUGUGGCCUGCUGGAGGUCAUUUUGCAGGGCUCUGGCAGUGCUCCUCCUGUUCCUUCUUGCACAAAGGCGGAGGUAGCGGCCCUGCUGCUGGGUUGUUGCUCUCCUACGGCCGCCUCCACGUCUCCUGAUGUACUGGCCUGUUUCUUGUAGCGCCUCCAUGCUCUGGAUACUACGCUGACAUACACAGCAAACCUUCUUGCCACAGCUCGCAUUGAUGUGCCAUCCUGGAUGAGCUGCACUACCUGAGCCACUUGUGUGGGUUGUAGACUCCGUCUCAUGCUACCACUAGAGUGAAAGCACCGCCAGCAUUCAAAAGUGACCAAAACAUCAGCCAGGAAGCAUAGGAACUGAGAAGUGGUCUGUGGUCACCACCUGCAGAACCACUCCUUUAUUGGGGGUGUCUUGCUAAUUGCCUAUAAUUUCCACCUGUUGUCUAUCCCAUUUGCACAACAGCAUGUGAAAUUGAUUGUCACUCAGUUUUGCUUCCUAAGUGGACAGUUUGAUUUCACAGAAGUGUGAUUGACUUGGAGUUACAUUAUGUUGUUUACCUGUUCCCUUUAUUUUUUUUUGAGCCAUGUAUUAUUAGAGGCUCCGAUCUUCAUUCUUUCUCUUUUGCAGGUGCACUCCUAGAGUUGGAGCGUAGUAUUGAUGCUAUAGCACUGCCCUCCAGUGGUGGAGGCCUCACCAAAGAUGGAAGGUAAGUGGCAUGUCAUAUACCUUAUGCAUACCUACCUACAUUAUUAGUUAAAGCUAUUUAAGCGGAAACUAUUAGUUCAAAAUUCUUCUUUAUAUUUUUUUCUUUUUAAAUUUAUUUAAAUUAUUGGCAUGUUUGUGACACUACCCUCCAGCCCUCCCUUUUUAAAGAUUUAAUAUUUGUCCCUUUUUAAUAUCCUCUAGUAAUGUCCUGCUCCAAUGAGUCCAUCUUCUAAUAAAGCUUUAUUCUCUCCAUAUCCUAUGGGAAUCCAACUGAACAGAUGUGCUGUAAUACUGCAAAUCAGACUUGAUAUUUUCUAGUAAUUACCCUUCAAUUUGUGCAAUUCCUACAACGGCUUAUUUAGAUUGAGUGUAUAGCCAUUUCAGAUGCACUAGUGGGAAAUAUCAGGCUGCUGUUGGACCCCACCCCUUUACCACAUUAAGGCAUUAAAAAUAAAAUGGAAGUUAAUAACAAAUUAGUAAUUUCUGCAUUUGCUGUACUGAAUAAACUUUCAUUUAAUUCCAAUACAAUUAAGAGUUUAGUUGAUAAACCCCAAAGAUUGACGCAAAGGAAAAUUUGCAAUAUGAUAACGCUCUUUACUGCAAGUAUGUUCUAAAGCAUAUGUUACGGCCAUACGCCAUUUCAUAUAGUUUAUAAACUCAUGAGAUUAGAUAUAAAUGGAAGAGUAUCUGUAGUUAGUGGUUUCUGAGGUUCUUCCCUUUUUCUUUUUUUUUUCAGUUACAUAUUUGACCUUUUUGCUUCUGUGGGGAUCACCUAUGAUACAAAGUCUCGUCUACUGGAGUAUCUGGAACAAAUUAUUCAGCAUGUGGGCGGAAGUGAGAUAUCGCUUAAGGGUGCUGGAGGCUUGGGUGGAUGGGUGGGGUGUUUUUUAACCCACAGUUGACCUGCACACAUACAUUGCCAUUUUAUGUUAUAUCUGUUAAAAUGCUAUCAUUGUAACUUUUAUUACGUAGAACUAACUGAAGGCCAAACCUCAACUUUCCCACAAUUCCCAGGCAGGCUUGGCUGGCUGAGUAAUAUGAACAGGUGUUAGAGGUUAGGUUUAAUGCCCUUUUUAAGAUGCAAUAUAUAUAUAUUAUUUUCUGUCCAGAAUCUGGGGUCUUCACGAACACUCUGGGGCUACAGAAGCUGUCUGAUAUUAUCCAGGUGAGGAGAUGGUUGACACAUGGAUUUGUAAUGGUGGUAGUCCAGAUGUCAUUUGACCUAAUCCCAGCAGAUCAUCUUGUUUCAUUGCCUGCGCCAGUAUGCACCUUUCCUUUACCCUGCUAUAUGUUCUUUGUAGAUCGUGUUUAACGCUGAUGUUCCGGAAGGUGCACCUGCUCCUACGUCCACUCAUAAAAUAUCCAAAUAUUAUAAGGUCAGUGUGUCUGUAAUCUGUGUCAAUCAGGUGGAGUCAAACUUUCCUAUCAUGGUAUUUUCUAUUUUGUGUCUCCUAUAAAGAAAGAGCUGAUUGUUUCAAAAGAUAAAUAGGAGCAGCAUAAGAUGAGAUCAUGGAAGGAGUAAAACUUGCUUUUUCAUAAUUCUGAAACCCAAGCAGUUAAUGUGGUUCUCCCCUGGAUUGAAACAUACUCCAUUUCCUAUCUCCGAUCACUGCAUUCACUCUCUCCCCCCAGUCAGACUGUGCUUUGUAGAUGACGACCGCUGCAGCCUGAUUUGCGAUUGGCUUAGGUAGAUGUAUUUUAGCCCUUCGAUAUCUUGUCAAACUUGUUCUGCCAGUUUGUACUUUUUAGUGAGGAUGUGUGACUUUGAGUGGGGUUUCAUCAGAGCUACAAUACUGACUUGACUAAAUGCCAGGAGCAGUAGGACAAAAAGACAAUCAGCUGCACCCGAAACCCUCUGUAAAGGGUAAAGCUGUUUAAAUAAAGUCUUUGUAAGAUGAUCAAAUGCUCUGUCUCCUCAGAUCACAGAUUUCGUUUUGUUAUGCAGCUAGUGGGCCUUGAAACUAACUUUUACCAGGGUUUCUAUUUAUUUUUAACACAUGAGAACAAAUGUCCCAUGCAAUGUUGUGUCUCCAAGAAAUGGCUAAUGGACUACAUCUCCCCUGAUGCUUUGUCAACAUUAUUGCUGUAGGAGCAUUAUGGGAGAUGUAGUCCACAACAUUUGGUGUGCUGAAUCAGGCUUCCUCUGGCCUAAAGUAUUGGAAAUCUUAGGAAUGCGGGUGAUCACAGUUUGUACUGCUUCCCAGGUUCACAUUCAUCCUGACACAAGCCAGAGGAAGAAGCCACGUGGGGAUGUUUGGAGUAAUAGCAGAAGGGAUGGAGGUAAGAGAUUGAGUGGUGGCUCAUUUCGCCAUUGGUAUUUGUACUACAAACCCUGGUCAAUGGUCUGACCACAUCUUACUUUCUCUAAUGGACUUUAAGAUGUUUACAAAACAAGUGAAGGUGGCGGGACAUCCUCUACUUGGGCAUCCUUGGGCUUAAAAUCUAGAUAACAUAACUUUAGAACCAUCAUGUUUAGAGACCUACGUAAGCAUCCCAAUAGAUACCCGUGUAUAAAAUAUUGAUUGCCUUUACUGGAAUAUUUGCAGUUAAACAGGAUUUUAUUCAAUGGAGCACUCACUGUGUCAGUGAGGCAUGAGGAAUCCGUGACAAAGCCAGAUAGAAUGACCAAUGAGAAUGAAACAGUGGAAGAUAGCGAAUCAAUGAAAAGAAUGAUACAACAACCAAUCAGAAUCAGGCUGAAAGAAGCUUUAUAUUGAAGAAUUGCAAUGUUCCUUAACUUUUGGGGGAGUUUUUUGUAAGUGAUAUUGAGGAUUUCGCGACAAAGACCGAGGUCUAUUACGCUGCCAGUUCUUGGCAUGACUAGAAAUCAAGAGGUCAUUGUAACAAGGCCGUGCGUUUCCUUGACAACAAGCUGGACCCUAAUCCUUUUAAUGGGAAAAAAUUGUUCCUUUUAUGAGAUGCUGUAAUUUGUGCUCACACAUCUACACGUGACCUCUUUUAUGUUCAUGUAUGUAUCCCAACAAGUGUCCACUAAAGCUCUAAAUGCUUUCCAUACACGAAGACCAAUAUUAACAGCAUUUUGGAUUUGCUCUGAAUAUUUGAUGUAUCUAUCAGCUCAGGGAUGCAAAAAAAUCACUGUGUUUCCCAGUCUCACGUCCGUUUCGAAAAGUGAUGUCAUGAAGGUUGUAAAUCUGUAAAAAUGAAAUCUGCAAAAAAAAAUCCCUCACCCACACCCUGCGGUGUGAGUUACAGAACUGUCUGUUUUAAAAAGGAAAACCAUUACCUCCAUUUAUUGUUACACCACUGCAUUAAGCACAAUGGGGUAUUAUCAGUUCUUAGUGAAAAUGACAUUGACCUAGUAACAGUGGGCUUUUUGACUUUAAUGAAAAAUCCUUGACUGUGUUCCACGGGCCUAUAAGUUCUAGUUUUAUCAAAUAAUUUUCCUCUCUCUGUUGCAGGGAAGGUUCUGAGUUACUGGUGUUUCAGCCCUGGGUAUACAAUGCACGAUUUAGUGAAACAAGGUGUUAGGAGCAUUAUUCUGACCAGUGGAACCCUGUGUCCUCUCUCCUCCUUUACCAUGGAAAUGCAAAUGUAAGUGGAUUGGUAGUAAGGUUCAGACCAUGGUCAUAUGAUCCUCCAAUGCAUCAUUGUGUAGUUACCUUGCAGGAAUCUCUAGAACGGUGUUAGUUAAUGCUUAGGCGAAAUAAUGACCAAGUUUUAAUAUAAAAUUGUUGACCUUUUACAUUUUUGGAAGGUGCUUGUGUUUCCCCUGCGCACACAUUUUCUAGAUUUAUAGAGGGUUUGGCUGUUUGAAAGAGGAAGAUCUGUAUCGUUUUGUGUCUUUCUAAAUAAUGUGUAUGGCAGAACUGCGAGAUCUAUGUUUUCCUGGAAAUUUAUAUAUGAAUAGUCAGUCUAUGAAAGGUAUUGACUUGUAGUAUGUAGCCUUGGUGUGUUGUGUAUCUUGUGACUGGCAAGGCUCAAUAUUUCCAUUCUCCAUUGGCAUAUGAAUAUUCACCUCAGAUGAGUGUGCUAUGGACCCUCUAGGCUUACAUUGGAGAGUAUUUAAAGGACCACUCUAGGCACCCAGACCACUUCAGCUUAAUGAAGUGGUCUAGGUGCCAGGUCCUUCUAGGGUUAACCCAUUUUUUUAUAAACAUAGCAGUUUCAGAGAAACUGCUAUGUUUAUCAAUGGGUUAAGCCUUCCCCCUAAUCCUCUAGUGGCUGUCUCAUUGACAGCCACUAGAGGCGCUUGCGUGCUCUCACUGUGAUUUUCACAGUGAGAGCACGCAAGCGUCCAUAGGAAAGCAUUGUAAAUGCUUUCCUAUGCGACGGGCUGAAUGCGCGCGCAGCUCUUGCCGCGCGUGCGCAUUCAGCCCAGGAGGAGGAACGAAGGAGGAGAGCUCUCCGCCCAGCGCUGGAAAAAGGUAAGUUUUUAACCCUUUCCCCUUCCAGAGCCGGGCGGGAGGGGGACCCUGAGGGUGGGGGCACCCUCAGGGCACUAUAGUGCCAGGAAAACGAGUAUGUUUUCCUGGCACUAUAGUGGUCCUUUAAAGUAAGGAUCGACCGAUUAUUGGAUUUUUAGAGUCAAUACCGAUAAUCUGUGAACUUUCAGGCCGAUAACUUGCCGAUAUUCUGUACAUUUACCAUUUUGAAAAAAUAAACAAUUUCUAAAGGUAAAUGCACAAAAUAUACAUGUGACAUGUAGUGGAUGCAGUGUGUUUACACAGGGAAGCUGUGUGUGUGUGUGUAUAAUGAAUGCAGGGUGUUUGUGUAGUGUGUAUAGUGAAUGCAGGGUGUGUUUGUGUAGUGUGUAUAUAUAGUGAAUGCAGAGUGUGUGUGUUUGUGUAGUGUGUGUAAAGUGAAUGCAGUUUGUUUUGUGUAGUGUGUGUUUGUAUAGUGUAUGUAUAUAAGGAAUGUAGUGUGUGUAUAUAAUGAAUGCAGUGUGUGUGUGUUUCUGAAGGGAUGUAAUUUGUGUAAAAUGGGGGCAUUUUUUUAUUUUAUUUUUAAUAUAUAAUUUUAUUUUUUGGGGGUGGGGUGGGGGGUUGUUUUUGUCCCAACUCCCUGCUUGUUACCUGGCCAGGGAGAGGGGCUUUGGCAUUCCCCGGUGGUCCAGUGGCAUGUAUUGAGAAGUGGGGGGGCCCGCAGCAAGCUCUUACUUACCCUACCUUCAGCUCCCCUGUGUAAAUCUCACUAUCUGUGUGCCGCUGUAACCCAUGGCAAUGCUCUGACUGCCGCGGGACCUGCAAGAUUUACACAGGGGAAUUAAGGGAGCAGCUGGAAAGGUAAGUAAACGCUUCCCGCGGGCCCCUCCAGGACCGCCGUGCUUGUAAUGGGCCCGGCGGUCCUGGUAUGUAUUAUCAGCAAUAUCGGUAUCUCUAUUGGCUGAUACCGAUAUUGCCGAAAAUACAGAAUAUCGGCCGAUAAUAUCGGUAAAACCGAUAAUCGGUCGAUCCCUAAUUUAAGGCCUUGGCUUGUAGCACAUAAUUUUAUAUAUAUUUUUUUUUUUAAUCUAAUCAUUCAAGACACAAUGCUUUUUAGACUCCUUGAUUGAGGUCAGUCCUGCAGCUUGUGACUUUUGCUUACUACAGGGCAGCAUUUUUCAUGUGCUGCCUGUGAGUAUACAGUGGAAAGAUGUGUUUAGGAAGGGAUGGUGGACCUGGCAGCCAUUUCUAUGGAGUAGUAAUAGUGUUUUGAAACCUUGGCUUGUGUGUGAAGUGGUUAUGUACAGACUGCAGCUUCUCCCAGCGGUUGCUAAUAAAAUGUUUGUAUUUCAGCCCAUUCCCAGUGUCCUUGGAGAAUCCACAUGUAAUUGAGAAGCAUCAGAUUUGGGUGGGAAUCGUUCCCCGUGGCCCAGAUGGAGCACAGCUCAGUUCGGCAUUUGACAGGCGGUACGUUUUUCUGGAAUCAUGGCUGCAUGAUCACUUGCUCAGCUCUGAUAUUUUAUUCACAUUGUACAAUCCGAGCACUGUCUUCUGUAAUUAUAACAACAUAGUGCAAGGGGUGAACAAAGAAUUGGUGAGGUGGGGAAGGUGCAUGCAGUUAUACUGAUCAGAUAAGAAAAGAAAAAAAUCAAGUCUCUGUAGCAUAGGCCAGAAGAUUGUGGGUGUAUUUUUUUUUUUUUAGAUUGGAGGGAAUUGGGUAUUUUCUAUCCUUCAGAGGGAAGAGGGGAAUCCUAUUAUUCUUUAGACAGCAGGGAACCGGGGUAUGUUUUGGGAUCAGGGUAUACUUGUAUAGGCAGAAGGGAAUGGCGGUAUAAAAGGAGGGUAUAUGGGUAAAUAGUUUAUUCUUCAACGAGGCGAUAUAUCUUCUGACGUCAUCUUGUUCUGCACAUACUCUCACUGCACUCUUGAUAUCACAGUCUCUCUUGUACUCGUCUUGGCUUUCUAUUGUAGUUUUUCAUGAAUACAGUUACUGUCUCACUACAGCUGGCUCUUACUCUCUUGCUGUUACUCUGCAGGUUUACAGAGGAAUAUCUGUCAUCGCUGGGGAAGACAAUUGGUAAUGAUUAGGUUUUAGUUUUUUUAAAUGAAUAAAGCAUGGACAUAAUUCAGUAAUGUACUUGUUCUGCUGCCUCUCCAGUCCUCCAGUUGGUGUUACUUUUCAUACCUUUUCCUCCAGUUGGCGUACUGCCUGUCGGGCUGCUUCCUGCACUUGGCGUGCUGCCUCUCAUGCCAUGUACUUGUCCUUCAGCUGGCGUGCCUCUCAAGCAGUGUUUUACUGUUGACAUUCUGCUUCAUUGUCCUGAUUAUAUAUGCUGCCUGAUGCCUUGUGUCGGUACAUGCUGCCCAGUAUUCUGCGGUUGUUUAUGCAGCCUUAUUGUCACGUUUUACUAACAAUCUGUAUACUUCAGGGAACAUUGCUCGUGUCGUACCGCAUGGACUGUUGGUGUUUUUCCCUUCUUAUCCCGUUUUGGAUAAAAGUCUUGAGUUUUGGAAGGUGAGGAACAUACUUUGAGUACAUUUAAUACUGUUUAACACAUGAUUUGAUAGACUCAAUUUACAAGAAUAAUCCAAUGUUAUGUGUCACUUUUUUAAUCUUUCCAAACCUGCUAAAAGGAGAAGUGGGGAAACUCUCCUCGAUAUAUAAACAAAUAAACUCUUCAUGUUUGAACUGCAAGGCAAACAAUAGGUCAGUCUCCAUCCUUCUGUUCUUAGAUAAAGAAAUUAAAGGGACACUAUAUGUAACGGAGCUCCUUGUACUCCGACUGAGUACCCUCCGUUGACGGAUGCUCCUAGCGCUUCCUGAGGACUCCAAGCGCUGCAGCAGACACCACAACCACCGCAGACUCCGCAACCGCCAUAUCUUGACUGGAGUCUCGCCGUCUUCCUUCCACCCUGGAUCAGCUUCUGUCCUCCAGGACUGUGUGGGAAAGAACUCUUCCUUCCACCCUGUAUGAACCUCCAGCAUCCAGGACUGUGUGGUGAAGACCCCUCCUCCAAGGAGAGCGUGUCAGGAACAAGCUCUUAAAAGAGCUAAGUGACUCAAGCUCAGGGGAGCAUGCAGAGCAUAGCAAUCCCCAGUGUGAUUAUAACAGCUCCCUCCAAUAACGAGACAAGGCUACGUUUAGAGGGAUCAAGAAGAACUGUCAAAACCUUUAUUCCCUUGGGACCAGCCAAUACAGUCACCACAAUAACAUUGUUGUGAAACCUCAAUAAAAUCACAAACAGUCAAACCAUAUCAAGAAACACACAGUGACUUAUCACAACACAAUGGCACAUUUUUAAAGGGGUGGAGGGGAGACAAUAUUUAACAGUAAAUAUCUCACCUGCCUGCAGAAUUAGCAAUAUGCAAAUCUACCCGAAUAUGCAAAUGAACCAGUCUUGCAAUUCAGGUAGUGCAUAUUGCUGUUGCUACCAACAGAGGGCACUAGACAAGCUCCAUAGCCAAACCCACCUAGUUGGUAGCAAACCUCAGCAGUACAGGAGAGAAGGCAAUACAUUACACAGUACACACACACACUAUAAACAAUUACAUUACACACACCCUGCACCUAUAAUGGGUACAGGGUGACUAAAACAUAAGAUAAAUAAAGCAGCCUACAUAAAUAGUCUGUCUGAAGGUAGAAUAGGGGCUUUAAAGGCAAAUACAUCAAAGAGUCAUAGUCACAGGGGAGGAGGCUGGCAAGCAGGCCUCUCCAGUACCAAGUGGCGAAGGGCACUUCGUCACACUAUAGUCACCAGAACAACUAUAGCAUGUUGUAUUUUUUUCAGGUAAGUAUAAUCAGUCCCUUCAGGCUUUUUGCUGUAAAAACUGUUUACUCCACUGGCUACUAGAAGUGCUUCCUGGUGCCGAGGAGACAUUACCCACCCUUUGGAUGGAGACAUUAAACUGUCCUCAUAGAGAUGCUGAUUGGCCAGGGUUAUGUUUGGAUUGUGCUGGCUCUGCCCCUGAUCUGCCUCCUUGACAGUCUCAGCCAAUCCAAUGCUUUCCUAUGGUGUAGGGUCAGGAAUAUUCUUGACUUUAUAGUGUUUCUUCAAAUAGAAGUCAGCUGAAUGCCUAGGAAUAUCCUCUAAAGUCCCUUCCAUUUAGAAUCCAGGCAUUAUCACAUUAGAAGUGUCCCAGAUCAUGUUCCAUGAGACAAUGUCAAUCUUUACCCUUUUGGUUCUUACUACUGCAUUUGACACCAUUGAUCUCAAGAUUGGAAUUGACCUCCGUGAUCCUGAACUGUUUAAUAUCAAUCUUCAUUCUCAGGUCAUGGCUAGUUAUCAUGAAUAUGCUAAUUUGCACCUGGUUUAGCACAGAGAGUAUACAAGGAGCAUUCCUUUUUAUUUCCCGUGACAUUUGCAUUGUGUACAUUACCUCUGGAAAGGUACUGCUAUGUAGACCGCACAACUUUCCUUUUACUUUGUGCCCGGAACUAAGAAUCUGACAAAAUGAGUAGAAAUACCCACCGCUGAGAAGGGAACCCUAAUGUUUACAGUACUUGAGAGGCAGGUACACAUAUAAUGAAAGAAGCCCCAAACACUGGUUUAUUGGAGGAUUUAGCAAUGUUUCGGCUCACAAAUGGGAUUUUAUGGCCUCAUAGCAGAUAACUUGUUUGUGGUCCACAACAUUCCUCAAAUAAACCAUGCCUGGGUACUUCAUGUGUGCUGGAUCCUGGUCCAUGUGUUGGUUGAAGGUAAAAUCUUAACAAGCCCUGCAGGUGAACUGUUGCUAGACAAAUGUUUGUCCCUUAAAAUCAAAUUUCCACUGAGAUUAAUUUUAUUUUCUUUCAUCUGUGAGACAUUGCCAUCAUAAUCUGCAUAAAUAGGUUGCUGCUCAGCCCAGCAUUAAUUUAGUUGACAUCCGCUGUAGGGCUUGGUUCGUCUUUUUAGUUAUCCCCUUAUGACUCUCACAAUUCUCCCAUGCUGUAUGCACACUUUAAAGUGUUUCAAGUUCUAUGAAGAAUAUAAAAACUCUAUAAAACAUUAAUACUGUAUCUCCUUUUAUAGGCACAGAGUCUGUCUACACGUAUAGAAGACGUGAAACCUAUGUUUGUGGAACCUCGAGGGAAAGGUUCCUUUAACGAGGUAAUUGGGGAGAGCUAGUUUGCUAUAUUAAUCCCCUUGCUACAGAUAUCAAGACACAUGUUGCAUUGAAAACUUGUCACUUGUGCUCAGUGGAAUACCUGUUAUGAUUUGUUCCCUAUAGGUUAUAGAUGCCUAUUAUGAGAAGAUUAAUUGCCCGAAGACUGCAGGUGCCAGCUUCUUUGCUGUGUGCAGGGGAAAGGUGUGUAGAGUGUUCAUGCACAUGUACGCUGAAACGGAAAGCUGUAUUCUAUUGAUUUAUGUUCCUUUGUUUCAUUCUUCGUCCCACCAGGCUAGUGAAGGGUUGGACUUUGCAGAUUAUAAUGGCCGGGGAGUGAUUAUUACUGGACUUCCAUUCCCCCCACGCAUGGACCCCCGUGUAGUGCUAAAGAUGCAGUUUCUGGACGAGAUGAGGCGUGCUCAAGGAGCCUCUGGAAUGGUAAUGAAUUUACCGUGCAUAUUUAUGGGGAUUUUCCACGCCAACUAAGCUGUAACAGAGAUGAGCUUGGGCAGCCUUUAAAUUUAAGUAACUUUGUGUCUCCUCUUAGUUCCUUUCUGGGCAGGAGUGGUAUCGACAGCAGGCUUCUCGAGCAGUGAAUCAGGCUAUUGGCAGAGUCAUCCGACACCGGCAGGACUAUGGCGCCAUCUUUCUGUGUGACCAUAGGUAAUUGAAAUGUUAGUUGUCAUAAAGCCUGUAACAAAAUGUUUUACAAGAAAUAUAGGAUAAAAUGAAAUGUUGACGUAACAUAACUUCAUCUCUGUAAAACUCACCCAUAAAGGUUCUAGUUUGUCCAUUUUAUGAUGUUGCUAUUUAAAAAUGUACUUUCAUGACAUUCCAUCCAAAGAACUCCCUUUUCACAUGCUCUCAUAGUUCUUUAAAAGUGCAUCUUAGUUCUUAAUAGAUAAUUAUCUGCAGCUAGUUGUAACAAUGUAGUCUCUGUUAAAGUGAGUGGCGCAGAGCCCUGUUGGAGCCAUGGAGCAAUGAUGUAUGCUGUGCAGAGGAAUCUUUGAUUUGCUGUUUGUAUAUAGGAACUGCUGAUUUCUCUGAACAUGUGGCUUGCACAUUUAAAUGUUAUGUCACCUCCUUCCAAAUUUCUGGGCUGCAGAAUAAUAUGCUACAUAUGUUUUCUGUCUGCACCUUUUGACUUUGUAAGCAUCAUAUUUAUCUAUCUGGCUUGACGCAUAUUUAACUCGUCACACAAAACCUCAUGUCAUACACCAGUCAGCUGUAGAAAAAGAACUGUCUGAUAAUUGUAUUUUAUCCUCACUAUGGCAACAUGUUGACUUUUCAUUAAGGAAUGUGCCAGUGAAAUGUCUGUCCAGAUUAGACUAGACUAUUUCUAAGAUGAACCCUAAUUUAGGGGAUUGGAUCGGUCAGUAAACCAAGGGGUAGAAUGAGAUUCAGUAAGGUGAUUAAAAAGGCACACUGUAGGCACCCAGACUACCCAUUGAAGUGGUCUGAGUGCUCUGUCCCUUUUGCACCCAGUGCUGCAAUGUUAAAGGGAUUCUAUAGUACCAGGAAAACAAAGCCGUUUUUCUGGCACUAUAGAUUUUUAAGGUGACACAUUCCCUCUGUGCUGAAGGGGUUAAACCCCUUCAGUCACUUACCUGAAUCCAGCUCUGAUGUCCCUCGGCGCCGGUUCAGGCUUCUCCCCCGCCGGCAGGGGAGACCUAAUGUGCAUGCACGUCAAUGGCCACACUCGCAUUAGGAUUUCCCCAUAGGAAAGCAUUAGUUAAUGCUUUCCUAUGGGGAAAAAUCUGACAUGCAGAGUGUGAGGACGUCCAGCGUCAGAUACCGGAGCAAGGGUCCGUUUCGAGCCCUCCAGUGGCUGUCUGGUAGAAUGCCACUGUGGGCAGACUGCAUGGCAUUUGCGCCUCAGAACCUGCUUGUCACGAGACGGAGGAGGAACUUCGACCCGGUGCCAAGGGACAUAGAUGCUGAAAUAAGGUGAGUAAUAAAGGGUCUUUAACCCUUUGUUUACCGGGUAGGGAGGAACGCAAGGGGGAGCGAUAGUGCCAAGAAUACAGCAUUGUAUUUCUGGCACUAUAGUAUCUCUUUAAGGAUGUUCAUCUGGGGAUCAGUAUUAAAACUGAUUUGAUUUGAAUGUUUUAUGCCUUAUAAGGGAUGAUGUGCAUUGAAUCAUUGAAGAGUGAAUGUUAUUUAUACAUCUCUAAGUAGGCUUCAGUUGGUCCCUUCUUUACAAAGAUGGUGAAAACGGUAUUAAAAUGAUGCCAGGAAUUUUGAUGUCACAUCCUGGUACAGACCAUUAUUGGUAUUCUAUAUUUUACUGUGAUCACAUCCUUCCUCUCCUUGCAGGUUUGGCCACAAUGAUGCACGUUCUCAGCUCCCUUCCUGGGUACGACCCUAUGUACGAACCUAUGACAAUUUUGGGCACAUCAUACGGGACGUUUCACAAUUUUUCCGAGUUGCACAAAAGAUUGUGAGUGAGCUGCGAAGGAGAAGUUAUGGGUAUUGGCUUAGAGAGUGCAUUUUACUUAAAAUCUUAACCAGAAUAUAAUACAGACACCUUGUUAAAUCUUGUACUGAGAUAUGUUGGAUGCAUUAGGCACACAUUGAUUCACUGUUUUAUAUAUUUUUUUUUUAAUACUUUAUGACAGUAAAUGCUAUUUUAUAAACAAAGCAUGAUAAAACAUGAUGAUUGGAGAUUUUGCAUGGGAAAAUCUAUCUCUUCUUUUUCUCUGGACCAAAUGACCUGUUAGUUGCCUUUUUUUUUUUUUUUUUUGUCUAGUUACAGUUGCAAUAGUGAACUGAUGAAGUGGCUGAAAUGUGUUCAGUCAAAAACAUAAGUGUUCAAGGUGAUUUUUGAUAUGCCCAUUUGUUUAUAUUAUAAAAUAUAUAUAUAUUUUGGAAUUUGAAUGUUUGCUUUCUUUUUUUUUGUGUGUGUGUUCAUAACAAGUCUUGCUUUAGUUAUUUAAAAGGGCAUUCCUAGGCACCGUAAUUACAUUAUUUCAUUGAAGUGGUUAUGGUGCCUGAAGUCCACACAAGCCAUCCCACUGUUGGAGGAGAUGGACUCUGCAUUAGCCAUGCCAACUCUUUUCAAUGAUCAGUGGCACUGAUAUGCAGAGAGCGCCUAGCUGAUGCUCACAUUGCUGCGCCGGUUAACGCGGAAGCUCCGUUCUCUGUGUAAAGCAGAUGUGUGCUGUGCUAAUUUAGCAAAUUUAGGCAUUUGCUAAAGUGAGACAGAAUUAGAACUGUAAUGGCUGUACUAUGUAUCCAGGGUGAAGUUAUGUGAGCUCUUAAUCAUUUUCUAUGAAAUGUGUCAAAUUCUCUGUAUGUGUGGAAAUUGCUUUUUGUAUGGACAGUUUGUAUCCUUUUUCAGAUGCCCCCACCCACUAUCCGAAGCAAUGAGAAAGGGGGUCAGACCGUUUGUCUCUCCAGCUCUCCCUCUACAUUCAGGUCUUUGCAAAAUGUAUCGGGCACUCAGGAUAUCUCAAGAAAAGCAAAGAACUUGGACUCACAUGUCCCCAGCUUGAAAAGGAAGAGAGAGGGUAAGUGGACAAGGUCUGCAGCUCUAUAAAUGGGUUAAAAAUGCUUGAAUAUCCAAAGAGGUUUACUUCCUAAACUGGGGAUUUUGGAGAAUUGACAAAUGACUUGCAAAGUUUAGUCCAUUCUAAAGCACUGCCAUUAUUACUUGGCUCGUAUAAGUCAGCUGGAACUGUGGAGGUUUUACAAUAGAAUGUAACAUUUUAGGUCAUACAAGAUGAGUUGGAGAAUUUAUCAAAAUUCUUUAUUUUACGCUACAGUUUGCAUUUCUUUGUCAAUGUUCCAUAAUUUCUACUUUAGUAGAAAAAAAUAAAAUAAAAAAAAAAUCUGUUUUCUAUCUGUUAUUCAGAUGGGGGUACUAGGAAUUUCUUAGGUGUUUUUUUGUAACAUUUAAUACAUGUACAGAGUUAUCUAACACGCACCCACUCGUUGUUAGGAAACCCUGUGGAGCUGACACUCGGCACAGUCUCUGAUUUCUGUGAAGGGUAUGAGCAGGUAGUGGGUACAAACAGCUGCCGCCCAGCUGGGUUAUUGGAUGCCUUGGAUCACACAGAGAGGAGGCAGCAGGAAGAGCCACUUUCAGCAGAGAAGGUAGCGGAUCUAGUUUGGGGAGGGGUUGAAGACAGUCUAAGUUUCAAGUUUUAAUUUGUUUCAUUUUGUGUCAGGUCUCGCGGUAUUCCACAAUGUCCUUGCAGCACGACAAGCGGCUUCAAGAUGAGCAGCAAGGCCUCAAAAAAAGGAUAAAGAUUGUGCAAAAUCGGGUUUGUCUCCACCAGAUUUUCAUUUCUGUAUAUUCCCUUUUUUCCUCUCAUUUUACAAUGAAUCUCCCUUUUGUGUACAGGGUUUAGAAGAGAGCUUUCCACCCAGCCAGAAGGUGAGCAGUGCUGCUUUGUUCAUUAAGUCUGUGAAGGCAUGCCUCAGCCAGUCGAACUAUGACAUUUUCAUGGCAGCAUUGACGGAUUACAAGAAGAGUGAUGAUUUGCAAAGUCUCUUACCUCCGCUCCGUACCCUGUUCUGCCAGGACCCAGUAAAGCAUGGUCUAAUGCAAGGUGAUUCUUCCUUUCUGAUGCUAACCCUCUUCAACUGAACCGGCCUUUCUCUACAUUGUGCCUACCGUUUCUGCCAGGGCCGUCUCUUCAAUAGCGUUACAGGGCCUGCCCGCGAGGUGGCCUCUUGCCAGGGCCUGUCCACUCUCUUACUUUACUUGUGCACAGCUCCCCCCUGCCCUCCCCCCCACCCCCAUGCACUGUCUCUGCCACUUGAUUCUGAUGGUAUUUAGCUCUUAUUUUUGUUUCAGGUUUCUACCAGUUUAUUCGACCUCACCACAAAAAGGAAUUUGAUGCUAUCUGCAAUGAGUUGACGGGAAGAAGCUGUGGGUAUAAACCUGAGCACAGUAUUUCUAGGACAGAGAGAGAGAAGGGUGAGUGUGGCAAGAAUCAAACUCUGUUACAUACUAUUCUCCAUGUCUGCGCGUGUCUACAUGUCUGCCUCUCAUUGCAGCUCAGCUGGAGGCACCAUCCACCACGACAGUAACAGAACCAAAAAUAACAUUUUCAGAGGGUUCAACCGUACACAUGAACCUUGGCGAAGGACACAUGAGCUCUGUUAUAAAUAAAGGUGAGAAUUAGACGUUCCCCAGGCACCAAUGGAAAGGAUAACAUUGCUUAUAUUUCAGCAAUAGUGAGUUGACCACAUAUGGAUGCUUCAUAGUUAGUAGAAAUGCUGAUCAAGUGACAUGCCAACCCUCGAAAUACAACUGCAGUUAUUACUAGAAUAAAACGUGGGUAGGAUGGUUGUAGUUAUUACUAGUGCCUGUUUGGGGAGAUGUGGUCAGGAUUCUGUACCUACCUACUGUUACUACUAGUGUCUGGGACAAUCUAUACCCACCUACUGUUAUUACUAGUGUCUGGGACAAUUUAUACCUGCCUACUGUUAUUACUAGUGUCUGGGACAAUCUAUACCCGCCUACUGUUAUUACUAGUUGUGGCGGUGCUAUUCUAGCCAGCCUGAGUAUCACCACUAGGGAUUCCCUUUACCCUUCCUUAAAAGCCCCAGAGUGAUUAUAGCUCCCCCUACUCAUCAGCUGAGGCUUGAUGUAAGCGUAUAACACGAACACUUUAUUGAACCACAGUCACCUUUUUAUACAGAGGUCUCCAACAGGUCGUCAUCAAGAGAACAAAGCAUUGUACAACAUAAUUAACAAUCCUGGUGCCUGGGACACAACUUAAUCAAAGGAGGCAACUUUAUUAACGAUCAGAUACCUGGGUGGCUAACUAUAAGGUCCUCUAAAACAGUACUUUCCCCAGCUAGUAUCCCCAAACAUUUAGGAUCCCCAGGUAUACCUAAGAUGGUACUCAGGCCAAAAAGGUCCCAGGGACUCUCUGGGUAGUUUUAUGCUCUCUUAGCCUGGAAGCGCAGUAGAAACCGGUUCAGGUGAGUGAUUACAGUUCCUUUGGAAGAAGGUGGUGGCUGGGAGUCCAUGGUGACCAAGUGGUCUGUCACACUAGUGUCUGGGGAAAUCCUACCCAUGGAAUGGAACCUGUGUGAAUCGUAGAACAAGAUGAAACAUUGUUUUACCUGGCUUGACUCACAGAAAGUAGCAAUACUUGUGGGUUAAAGUAUGUCUUAAAAAUAACAGCUCCUUUGUUUGUCAUAUGAUAAUUCGUAAUCUCAACAUGACACAUAAUGCCACAGCGAUACAAAAUUGGUAUCUAUUUCUGUAACACAUGAUCUCAUAUGUUUGGAAUGAUCAACACGUUCGCACGUGUAAUGAAAACUCAGUCAUGCUCCGUUACUAUUCGUCAUUGUUUAAAUGCCAGAGAUGUUUGUCAUGGCAAGGGUGUAUAAUUUAUUAUUACACUAUGGAAUAUCAUCCGUUAAUGUACAAAUUACAGAGAUGCUAUAUCUGAGGUCAACAGGGGUUACAUCUUUUGAAGCUGGGACCCCCACAGAGGUCAGAUGACAGAAGGGGUAGUGUGAAUGGCAUAGCAAUGUGACAAGGAUUUUAAUAUAUGGAUGUGGAGUAAUUAAGUAUCUGCAAGGUGUGAGGUUCUACACUUGGAAAAGUCUGAAUGUCUCUUCAUCCAUUUGGCAUGUACCUUGUAAAGGAUAGUUCAAUCCUUUGAAAUGGUAAUGGGAUUCGUUUCAUGAAGAUCCUUGUGUUCCAGUAUCUUAUCCAAGUGAAACAUUCAUACUUACCCACAGGUUAAUAAUCAAGCCUCAUUUUUAUUAUAUUUGGAAUGGGACAAGCCCAAUCUUUUAAUUAAGCCCAAACAUGAGUUGCACAACUUAAACCGUGUGGCAGGACUUGUGAUGUCCAUCCUAUUGGAUCGUGGGUGGGGCGUGCAACAUGUCUUUGGAAUGGGAAAACAAUAACAAAUUCAUAGAGGCAAUUAUUAUUUCUGUGGCAAGUACAGUAGAAGAGAUAAAACCAAAAGUCUGUAUGUGGCUUGUUGGUUUCUGGAACAAAGGAGGUGGUCACUUAGUAUCCCUAUUGCACCACCCCUGGAUGAGGCGUGGCAAUUCACAGGGUAUAUCUCCUGUGAUUCUGAAGGGUGUUUGUGUACUUGCUUGGGGCCAAGAUCUAAUUUUGAGUGAGUCACCAUCUUUCCUUGCCAGAGACCCCCUGGACAGAAGUUGUACUUUGAAAACCUAAGUGAGUAAUUAGGACUUCUGUAUUUUAUCCUUUUUGUUUUUACCUGUUGUUGGUGUAAAUAAUUUGUUUAUCAUAUAUUUUUAUAUGCACUGUGACUAUCUUUUGCUCAUAAUAAACAUUAAUUUAUUAAGUUUUGCCUUUGUCUGGUUAAGAAUCACGUUACCUGAGGAGACUAGUUAGUAUUUUUAUAAUUCCUUGAAUAUUGUCCUAAGUAAUAUUUGGUGGGUUUUAUUAUUGAUUUACCUGGGGGACCAAGGCACCCCAUUUAUAAAUUGUCUUGGUGGUGGCAGCGUUAAAAUAGUAAUAGUUAUAUUAUUAUGUUUAAGUGUGGGUGGUUUUAAAAGGGGGAUUUUGUCAUUAUUUCCGGUCUAGUGCAGACAAAUAGUGAACUUUAACCCUUUCACCACCACCACUACGUCACACGCACUCUUGGAGUAGGGUGUGUUCGUGACAAUGGUUAUUUAUAUUUUGACGGAAAGGCUGAUUACCUUUGUUUUGUUGCACAGAUAUUGCAAUAAUGCUUUAUUGGUAUUACUAUCAAAGUGUGUUCUGUGAAUGCUAAUUUAUAUUAUUGUACAGCACCAUGGUAUAUGUUGGCACCUUAUACAUGGGAUAAGUGUAACUGAUCGAUAAAUUGUUAAUAGUCGUAUCUCAGCUUUUCAUUUCCCAGCUUACAGAUUGUGAACCAGGUUGUCUGCAGCAAUCUGUCACUCUAAUAAACAAUCACGUUACAUUUUGGAGAGUUGUGUGGCUGCAUGUUAUGCUUUCAAUGUUUAAUUUGUGUAACCCAUUGCAGAGCCUAGCAGUAACAGUGCAGCGGGCCCCUCUAAGCAGGACGGGAGAAGCCAGGUGUCCGUGUACCUAAACCAGGUGAAGGAAGUACUAGGAGCUGCCAAUUAUCAGCGAUUCUCGACUGCCCUAUCCUCCUACAAGAAAACGGACAACUAUCAGGAUAUGGUGACUGAAAUCGCAGGCUUACUGACUGAGAAACAGGAGAAUUAUGCCCUGUUGAGAGGUGAGUAGUAAAACUGAACAUAAAUGGAGGGAAAGGGGGGGGGGAGACGUGUGCAGAAUUUCAGAAAGAAGGUCCACUGGCACAGCUCCGAGUAGAUAUUUUCAUUUUUAUUUUUUUUUUGGAGUCUGUGGUGUUUGUUUCUAUUUACGGAAAUCUGUAGCGUGUCGUGCUGUUUAAAACCCCUCUCCCAUGCUAACAGCUAGAUAAUUGCAUGUCAUGGCUACUUUGGUGGAAUACAAAUUCACUCGUUAUGUUAACUAGAAAGCGAAACUCCUGUGAGUGGUUCGGAGAAAUUGUCAGAACAGAGCGAGAGUUUAGCUGCGAAUUGUCCUGAACACUGCCAAAGAGGCUGCUGUAUGUAGCAGCCUCCGGGUAACCUGACCGGUCACCACUGCUGAUUCCCUUCCUUCAGCCGGUCAUGAACCACUUAAACUGCAACGAGACCUAUUUCCCCCCCAGUAACUGGACGUGACCUAGUUCUUGGAGGUACAACACAAUUUUAUUGGCAACACACGGCGUGCAAGGUGUGGAUCACAAGGUGUGGACACAUCCUGCAAUCCUCCACUUGCCUCGGUCCCUCGACCGGCUCGUCUCUGUUCGCAAGGUCCUUGUGUGAAACCCAGACAAGGGUAGCAUCUCCUCUAGGGGUAAAAAUGCUGCCCCUGGAUGGUGUUUGCCUAUACGAAAUGGCGGCCACCCAGGGAAGCACUCAAUUACUUCCCUUGCGGUUUCACAUUCGGGUUGCAAGUGAGAACGUUCUGAUUGGUGGAAACGUUCUAAUGGGGAACUAGGGAGGUCCUCGUUCAGGAAAUGAACGAGUCGGUAAACAAUCCACAAACGCUCCCCUUGGCUGACGUUCGUCUGUAUGAAUGGCGGCCGCCCAUUAAUUGUUUCCCUUGCGGAUUGCGAGGUGUGAAGGUUCUAAACUAACAUUCUAAAUGGGGGGUAUCGGGGUGGUCCCCAUUCAGGAGGCGAAUUAAUUCCCUUCGUGGAGGCACUCCCGAACGGGGAGCCGGCAUAAUAUACGAAAAGAUGAGAACACACAUAAUAUAAAGGUCAAUUCACUGACAGGCAGUGGUCCCGCCACACACUACAUCAUAGCAAAACUAUGAAAUGACCAUAUUUAUUUGACAAAUGUCCAAAUUUUUUUAAUUUUUUUUUCUCUUUCAUAUUCUGCUCAGCUUUUCAAAAGUUUGUGCGUCCUCAUCACAAAAAGGACUUUAAUCAACUGUGUGUGGAUUUGACGGGUGAAAGCUGUACCAAGAAAACCCUGUGCCCCCCUCCAGCCGAUUCCAAUAAGCCGUCUGUUCCUUCCUUGCAAAAUACAGACACAACCAUUGAAACUAUAGCGCCAAACCAAGUCUGCCACCUUGACGGGGAACCUUCAGGAUCAUCACUUGGAUCGAGACCCUGUGAUACCACAAGCUGUGAGUAUUUAAACGUACACACACACAGAGCUUGAAUGGGGAACUGCAGACUCUCGUGUCUUGGGUGCACUUUGUAGCUUAGGUUACAGAUAGUUAUACAGGGAGCAUUCAGAUCAUUAUACAGGGUGUAUUCAUGCAAUUACUAUUAAAAGGCUCAUAUUAGGUGCACUCUAUAGGUUAGAUUACACUUGGUUAUACAGUGUAAGUUUAUAUUAUUAAAGGGAUCCUCUGCAGGUUAGAAGAAAGUUAGUGUGUAUGUGAAUAUAUAGUUAAUACAAUGUUAAACAAAAAUCUACACACCAGUCAAGCCAUAAGACUUGCUUUUCCCACAGAAAUCACACAUUUGCAGUGAUGUUAUUACCACAAAGGAUUCUGGGUGGGCAUAUGCAAAUUAGUUUAACAAAAAAUUAAAUUUUUGCCUCAUUCCAUUAUAUAUAUGUGUGUACAGUCUUGCACUCCACCUACUGGUAUUUGUGCUAGUCAGCCUUAACAGAUCUAAAUAGGUACAGAUACCACUCCAGGGACUUCAGGAUAAUGAAAUAAAACUUUGCUUUUAUUGCUAAAAGUUUAAAAGAUCAACAUUUCAGUUUGCACUCCAAACUUUCAUCAGGAAAGUGGAGGGCAAACUAAAACUUUAAUCUUUUAAACUUUGAGCAAUAAAAUCAAAUCCUAUCACCACAGUCAAGUGUGAAUAGUGUGAAAUAAGUAUGUAAUAUACUUAUCAGAUAAAUCAGCCUCCCAAGGAUCACUUCCCAGGUAAAAAAAAAAUAUAAAUAGAACAUAGUGCAAUACAAUUUCAACAGGUUAUAUACGCUGUAUAAAGGUGCAUUCACAAGAUCUAGAUGUAUAAUUCGCUCAAGGGUGCCUCCCCCGAUGUAAUGGGGGGGCUGAAAAUCUCCCUCCGCUGCCUGCAGUAUCGCAGGAAAUCAGGACUCCGGAUGGUAGUAUAAAAUAGCGGCUUUUAUAAAUCAAAGUGAUAAAAUAGCAGUAGUUAUGGUCUGGACAGCGGAGGGAGAUUUUCAGCCACCCAAUUAUAUUGGGGGAGGCACCCUUGAACGCAUUAUAUGUCUAGAUCCUGUGAGUGCACCUUUCUACAGCGUAUAUAACCUGUUUAAAAUUGUAUUGCACUAUGUUCUAUUUGUUUUUAUUUUUAUUUUGCAGCCGUAUCCCAUUUGUUACAUAUAUAUAUAUAUAUAUAUAUAUAUAUAUAUAUAUUUUUCUCAUUACUUUUUUGACGUUAACUUUGUACAGUAAGUAGAAGUAGCUUUGAGAUUAGCUCAGCAGUGCUAUGUGAUGUUAAAGGACCACUAUAGGCACCCAGACCACUUCAGCUUAAUGAUUUUUCACAGUGAGAAGACGCCAGCGUCAAUAGGAAAGCAUUGUGAAUGCUUUCCUAUGGACUGGCUGCAUGCGUGCGCAGCUCCUGCCGCGCAUGCGCAUUCAGCCAAAGAGGAGGAGGAGAGCUCCCUGCCCGGCGCUGGAGAAAGAGGUGAGUUUAACCCCUUCCUCUCCCAAGAGCCUGGCGGGAGGGGGAUCCUGAGGGUGGGGGCACCCCCAGGGCACUAUAGUGCCAGGAAAACAAGUAUGUUUUCCUGGCACUAUAGUGGUCCUUUAAUUGAGCAUCAUGACUGACAAUUUCAUGGUCUUCGCAAAGCUCGCUGCAGUUGCUGCAAAUCUUGGAGGUUUUUUCUUAGUGAAUGCAGAAAAUACAAAUGUAGAUGUGAAUAAGCAUAAAUUAAGAUAAGACAUUCUAAAAGAAUGCACUAAAGUGUGUUUGUAGGGAAAACAAUGUAAUCAUCCAAGAUGCUCCAGUCUCUGUGCUGUUUUCCAUUUGUUACAAGCAGUUAAUAGUUGAUGAGUUUAUAAAGUAACAUUUGCAGAAACAUUGUUUUCCACGGUUGAGCAAUGACAUUUCAGAUGUGGUGGUGUGUUGUCUUCCCAAGAGAAAAAGUUUCUGGAAUUACAGCUGGGGUGGUAGUUGGUAUUUGUGAAUAAUGGUUACACAAGUGGGGAGCAGCAAAUUAUGUGAACUGGCCCUGUUCAUGAGAAAGAUCUGUUUUGGGGAUUGAGUACUGUAAUCGUCUGUGAAGACCUCUAUGAUGAGGUGUCUGAAGCAUGAGUUGAUCAGGCUGUGUGUCAAAUCAGCUGACCUAACAGUGCCCACUGUAUGACAUGUCAUCUGUGUGUAUUACGUGUUAAGCAUAUCUACUGUUUGUACGGUAAUCAUGAUUCAGGAGAUUCGGUAGUUCAGCUAAUAUGAGGAAGUGUACUAUCUAAGUUUCAUAUUAAUUUUUAUUUACAAGAAAUAGUGUUUCUGCUUUCCUGGUUAUAGGAUCUCUAAUCCCAUAACACAAAUGAAAUUUUAUCCAUAAACUGCAUGUGAAUUCUGUGUAGCCCAAUGCACACAGACAUAAUGAGAUUAGAGAUUUUGUCAAAUUUAAAGUGUAUUUUUUCCCUCUGCAUGAAUCAUACUGGAAUAAAGGUUUUAUUUUGCUUUUUUUAAUCAUUUCAUUUUGGUGCUAACUUUAAAUUAUUCUAUCAUAUGCACUAGGUAAAUUAAAAUGGUGCAUCCUUAUAGCUUUACCCAGCAUAAACCCAUUACACCAUGCCCCUACCUCUUCCUGAUUAUUAACUUUUUUUUUUUUUUUUUAUAAUUCUUUAUUUUUGUAGUGCAGGUAUAAAAGGCAUGAACACCAGAAAACAUGUUAUUCGUUCAAGCAAUAGGUCUUGCAAAAAAAAUAAGACCUCAGAGAACAGAUGCACCUUUUUUUAAAAAGUUUUUUUUAAUUAUAUUUGGCUGGAUGUGGGGAGAGGGAGCUUAUUUCAGUAUUAAGGGCUUACAAGUAUAUCAAUGAAGUUUAGAAGGGUCACAUGGAUAUCGACGUGAGGUAAAGAAUAUAAGGGAGCGGCAAGGUCAGGGAUGUGAUCUAUAAUGUAUUUACUCGAUGAAUUUGUUAUUCCUGAGAUUUUUUACUCAGCCAUGAAGUACUUGCCAUUCAUUAGUCACUGUUUGAAUUGGUUCCACAAGCCUCUUACAGCUUUGGGGAUAGUGUGUCACAUCAGGAGAUUUAACAAAGUUUAACAUAUGCUAGUCUAAGAGGCCAAAAAUAAACUGGAUGUGUCAUACUUUGUGGUUGGUGUCCUUUAACAUUCUUCCUUUUAACCCUUGUGCAUGUUUCCUCAUAAGUUCCUUUUUGAGAAGUUCUCUCUAACGUCCUAAUAGGCUAAGUUGUGGCUUUAACUUCUCUCUUGUAGACUCUGACCCAGCUGAUUGGGCCCUGACUCAGUCUUCUUUAGCAUAUUGCUAAGCUUGGACAAGGAACUAAAAAUCCUUCCAAAAACAAAUGAAUUCCGUGGUAAAACUUCCGAUACCCUUUGUCCUUUUUAAUCAUUGACCCAUGUGCAAAACCAUUCUAAUUAACACAUAACCAUCUGUGUCUGUGUGUCUAUUCACGUGCAAAGACGGCUUUUACGUAACCAGGCUGAAAAGAUCAGCAAAAAACGGUCAAAAUUGGGCAGACUAGAUGGGCCGAAUGGUUCUUAUCUACCGUCACAUUCUAUGUUUCUAUCUCUUUGAGGAGAUGCUGAUUGGCCAGGAGUGUUUGGCUUGUGCUGGCUCUGCCACUGAUCUGCCUCCUUGACAGUCUCAACCAAUACUAUGGGAAAGCAUUGUGAUUGGCUCAGGCCACCACAUCUGAUGAUGUCAGCCAAGCAGGCAGGUCAGGGGCAGAGGCAGCAAACUGGAAUAAAAGUAAGAUUGUAGGGGGCGGGGCCUGACAGCCAAGAUGGCCGGUUGCACUUAGUGAGAGCUCCAGCACCAGCAGGCACAAUUAAGCCUUUUCCGACCAAACUACAAUCGACAGCUGCUCACGGUGCCCAGGGUACGAUGCAGGACCGAUCGAGAAACGGGAGGAUGCCUGUCUCGACUCGGUACGCCACGAGAGUACCUGGGCCGGCCAUGCGGCCUAACCUGGAGCGGGGCCUAGCGUCUGGGGGAGGCGGCCGAUCCCCCAGCGCGGGACAUGCUCACCCACAAGAAUUCAACAUAGCCCUGCUACCCCCCCCCUAUGGACCGGUGGGGGAUAUCCCGGUCCUCGCUGGGGACGAUUACCCCUACAACACAGCCUGCAACACAACAGACUCGCAGUACCUCUGGGACUGCCGUCAGAGCUGAGUCCAAGCAACCCGAGGAGAGGGCGAAAAAAACGGCUGAUAACCACCCUGAACAAGCGGAUUACUCAGCUAGGCUAGAAGCGAUCUUUGAAGCUUUCUGGCACAAGCUUGAACGGCGCACACAACAAAAUGCUGAGAAACAACAAGGCAUCUGCUCCUCAAAGCACCCACGAGGAGGUCAUAAAAUGGCCGCUGCGAACAAGCUCCAGCGCCCACAGGACCAACGAUGCUGCCCAACCCUGCGCAGCAAACAGCGGUCUCAAGCAACUGCCCGGAGCAACAAACCUCCUUCAGGGGAGGGAGCCCGACAGGACCACAGUCAGUCCCAUCGACCACACACCAGGAGGGCCUCCAAGAAAACGGAGCUCCAAAAGUCACACGGCCCAACCAAGCAUGGAGGAACAGCACAGGGACACUGGGCAGCGAUUCCCGCACUAAACGGGAUGAGGGGACCUGAUCGGUCAUUGUACCACCGCAACAACCUCCCAAGACACCUGCUGGGGUACAAUCAACAACUGACACCUGCACUGCACAGAGGAUGCCACGCGGAGACACCCCCAGCAUGGCCCGCAAGAGGGAUCGGCUGACUGGCGCUGAGAGCAACCACUCGCAAUGCGUGCAGAGUCCAGAGACAAUCAGGACAAUUCAAACUAAGAUGCAGAGAGCAACCUCCAGUGAGACAUGUACCAAUGGUUGAUUAAUAUGUACCCAGAAUAGAUAUGUGUCAAUGACUAAUUAAUAGGUGCCCAUAAUUAAUAUGACCCUCUGAUGGAUAUGUGCCAGCAAUUAAUAUGAUAUCCAUACCUGUUUUAGCACGAUUCUAGCGUUUGGCGGUGUGAUUCCACGCACCACUAUGCAAUAGCUAUCCUCCCCGCAAAAGCUAGCAACUCCUAUAUGCCAGACUCACUCUAUAUUCUCUUAGCAAUAUUAGCUGAUGUGAAAGUUUAGGCACCUCUCCUCACUAAUAAGCUACCUACAACCCAAGGCUCAGACAUGCAAGUACCUUUAAUCCCAAGCAAAAGCGAUGCAGAAAUAAGCACUGCUUUGAGACCUAGGGGUCACUUCACCUUCACCUUACCCUAUAUGUAUUUGACUAAGCUUGUUAUUAUUGGUGGCAAUCAGUAUCAGUGCCUACGUUAUGUAAUCGCUAUAACGAAACUGGCUUUACUAUCACUCAUACGCACUGUAUAGUUUCCAUCACUGUUCUCUUAUUUGCAGCAAUGUUUUAGCUGGUAAAGGAUCCUCACUUGUUUCUCUUAUUGUUAGCAGGCCAGACCCAUAGACACAUAGACACAUAUAAACCAAACGUGUUUUUAUGACGUAUACUCUGACGUAUGACCCUGCUGUGGCUUUCAUUCUUGUUUUACGUUCUUAAAAUUGUUAAAAAAUGUGCUUUCACCUCAAUGCCACAUAUGUAUAAAUCUAUGUUAAUAUUGUGAUUAUGUCUGCUGUUGUGGCAACAUAUAUCAUCUUGUCAAACCAUGCACAACAAAAAUAAAAAAUUCAAAAAAAAAAGUAAGAUUGUACUUUAUUUGGGCAAUUAGGGACCAGGGGGUUUAGAUGGUGGCUUUAACACUAUCUGGUCAGGCAUACAUGUUUGUGUUCCUGACCCUAUAGUGUUCUUUUAAGAAAAGCGACCACAUUUAACAUGGGGUUUCCCUUAAAUGUAUAUGUAACAACUGAAAUAUUCAGGCUAUAAACAGUCUUUUUUGUUCAUUAUUACUAUUAUUUCUGACUGACUUUCCUUUUAUGCUCCUUCACAGCACAGAAACCAUCCAGAGGCACCGCAACAAUCAGAGUGACCAGACCAGAUACUUUACUCCCUCCUUAUGUGCUUAAGACAGGUACGUUAAAAUGGCUUCUGCUCUCUGAUUGCCUCUUUUCUAACCUCUUGAAAUCUGUUAAAGGUGCAGUUUGCAGUCUGUACCCAUUAGUAUAGGAAGGGAAGGUGCUUAACAUUUAUCUUCCCACUUGAUGUGCAGUGUCAUUCGGUGAGGUAGAUCAGCUGAUCAGGCUGUGUGUCAAAUCAGCUGACCUAACAGUGCCCAUUGUAUGACAUGUCAUCUGUGUGUAUUACGUGUUGAGCAUAUCUACUGUUGGUACGGUAAUCAUGAUUCAGGAGAUUCGGUAGUUCAGCUAAUAUGAGGAAGUGUACUAUCUAAGUUUCAUAUGAAUUUUUAUUUACAAGAAAUAGUGUUUCUGCUUUCCUGGUUAUAGGAUCUCUAAUCCCAUAACACAAAUGAAAUUUUAUCCAUAAACUGCAUGUGAAUUCUGUGUAGCCCAAUGCACACAGACAUGAGAUUUGAGAUUUUGUCAAAUUUAAAGUGUAUUUUUUCCCUCUGCAUGAAUCAUACUGGAAUAAAGGUUUUAUUUUGCUUUUUUUAAUCAUUUCAUUUUGGUGCUUACUUUAAAUUAUUCUAUCAUAUACACUAGGUAAAUUAAAAUGGUGCAUCCUUACAGCUUUACCCAACAUAAACCCAUUACACCAUGCCCCUACCUCUUCCUGAUUAUUAAAUUUUUUAUUUUUUUUUAUAAUUCUUUAUUUUUGUGGUGCAGGUAUAAAAGGCAUGAACACCAGAAAACAUGUCAUUCGUUCAAGCAAUAGGUCUUGCAAAAAAAAUAAGACCUCAGAGAACAGAUGCACCUUUUUUUAAAAAAAAGUUUUUUUUAAUUAAAUUUGUAUUAACAAGAACUGUAUCCUUAGCCUGGAAUGUGUCCUGUUUGUGAGGAUUGGUUUAGGAGUAGAUAUAGAGUAGUUUGCAGGAUAGGGUGAAAGGCUCUACAUAAAAUGAAUAAGUGUAGUAAGUGGUGGUAUGGUAGGUAUGUGACGAUCAUGUAGUAUGGGCAACUAACAUUUUGAUUCCCCACAUAUGAUGGGCGAAGGUCUAAGACCCUUCUCCCGGUAGCGGCACUGUGGUUAGAAUUUUCAAAAACCUAAGAGGAGAUAAAAUAAAGGAACAGAAAAGUGAAAAGCAUCAGUGAAACAGAUUGAGUUCCGAGCCCUCUGCUGGGCCAGCACAUGAAGCAUCAGGUCGGCUUCUUGCUACGUUACUUGAAGUGAAGGGUACCACUGCGGCCGGGUCCCAGGUGCUAGUUGAGGCCGGCGGGUUCGUGCUUGGUCGGCUUCAAAAAUCCCAGCGAAGAUAAGGAGGGUCAGUGCUCUGCUGCUGAGGUGAUUAUAUGGGUCCCUUGUGAGUCACUGAUACAGAUCUCGUCGUUCCCCAUCUGUAUGGUAUGUCGGCUUUGCGAAGGCGGUGUGUGUGAUCUCAUUUAGGGAUUUGCGCCAUUGUUUUUGUUAGUAGAAGGAUAACUGUGAGUCAUUCUUGGUAGAAGAAUAACUGUGAGUCCUCAAAAGGGAGCAGUGUCUUGCGCCACAGUGCUGUCAUGAUUUACCCCUUGUCGUGAGAUGAUGCGCAUUUGAGAAUGACGUGUCGCACCUGAAUGGAUGAUGUUUUAAGUGAGGUAGGGAGGUGAUAUAUGCCAUCCAUGACGAUCUUUGGAGCUACGGUAGGAGGGACGACAGGAGGCGUCUCAGGUAAUGCGGUAGUUCGUCAGUUGAGACAAUGGCAGGGAUGCCACGGAUUUUAAAGUGAUUGCGUCAGCUUCUGUCUUCCAUGGUUGACAGCUGUGUCGCCAGCGUCUGUUGGUUAGAUUGAAGUUGGUGCAAAGUACCAUUUAUGGUAUUCAUGCCACUGUGUAGAUUGAUAAUUUCUUCCUCUGAAUUCUGAACUCUGGUUGUGACUUUUUUUCACAUCUACUUUGAUAGAUAUUCGUGUCUGCUGCCAACAUUUUGUUUAUAUCCUGGAGUAGGAGCUGUAGGUCAUGUUUGGUCGUAGGUGCUGAACCUUCCAUGGUGUCCAUGUGAGUGGAGUGGGCAGUUUGGGAAGUUGUGGAGGUCUGUAACUCUUGAGAAGCUGUGGGUGUCUGUGCUCCUUUUUCCACCUCUGGGGUGCUGGUGUGUGUGCUGUGGAGACCCUCUGCGGGCGCCAUGUGAGGUACUUGCCUCUGCAGCAUGGUCCCGAUAUCCCUGUUGUCAGGUGGGAUCCCAGCCCCAGGUUUUUGUGAGCGGCGCCCCAUGGCUGGUGUGUACUCAGUUGGGGGCAUGGAGCCCCAGUCUGUUUCGUUCGGGUCCUCAAAGUCAGAGGGGUUUUUCCCAACUAGCGAGGGCCAGUCAGUAGGAAGGCCCUGUUCGGCAUUGGAAGGCUAAUUUCGCCAGGUCUGCAUGGAGCUACCAGAAAUGGUGUCCAGCUCAUGGCUAGCUCCGCCCCCAUUAACUUUAUUUUUAAUAAUUUUCAUCUUCUCUUGUAACAGAUGCCAGGCUCUCAGGGCAGGCGUGUUUUAGGGAUGUGUACAAAAUAGAGAAAACACUCCAAGUGCCAUAACCAUUACACCCUGCUCGGGUCUGCUGCGCUCGGUAUCGCAGAUUGUGAACCUGUAUUGGCCACACUGAGCAGAAUCUGAAAUGCUCUAACAAUUACAGUGGGCCGGAGUCAGGGCACUAUUGAAACCGUAACUACUACAGGCUGUAGCGAUUAUAGUCCUUGGAUUUUUUUCUUUAAAAAUGUGUUAGUAGGGGGCGGGGCCUAACUGUCAUGGAGGACAGACGUGUUUCACAGGAGCUCCUCCACAAUCCUGGCAUCGAAGGCAAAACACGGCCUCAUUCAGACUAAUUUCGGGACCACGUUGAGCCCACACCGAAGCCUGACACUGCAGGGCAAGGUAGUAGGGGUCAGUCACCCAAUGAAAACUGAGCAGCCAUACUUGCGACAGCAUGCGGCCUUGUGUGCACCGGGCGGGGGAGGCGGCCGCUCUCCCAUUCCGGGGCUACCCAGCGACUGCAAUGGCGGGGCAGGCAUCCCGUUACCCCCCCCUGGGACUGUUGGGGGUGAACAUGGUCCAACCCAGGAGAGCUACACCCAGUAGAGGAGAGGUGAAGGUGAAGUCUGGCAGGCAAGCGAAUAACAUUACUACCGACUCAUUCCUAACGGCGGACACCUCGUGCCUCCCUUGCACCCACGCUCACAAUGCAGAGACCACGCUCCAAACGAAGCUAGAGGCUAUCCUGGCGGCAUUCUGGCAUAAGCUGGAGAGACGGGCACUGCAACAAGCCCCACCACAGGCAAGCGGCCCCUCACCUAAACGACGCAUGUCACGAACGAGGAAAACACCCGGGGCCCCCACAGGGAAGAGGAUCCCAUGGAGAAGGCGGACCAAGCCCAAAACAUCACCCCGGCAUAAGCAGCAGCACAACCAAAGUCAGUCACGCAUGAGACAUACAUUUGCGCCUCGUCGAGGGUCUCCUGUUCUCCUGGCAGUCAACAUCCGGGGGACCGUCCGGCCCCACAAGACGAGACCGGAGCCUGGAGGCUUGAAAUACUUCACUAAGCUGCCCAACAGCGAGAUACCCAUGACGGGAGUCGGCUGAAAACAGACCAGGAGCCAGGGGUGCUGGGACUUCCUCUUAAAUGUAUGUGCCCCUCUCAAACACACAACGCAUAAGGAUGACCCAAAUCUUAACUUUGCUUUAUAGUUUUGUCAUAGUAGCCUCCCUGCUUCAAGGACUUAAUCUGAGAGGGAGCCUCCUGGGACAUUUGAAUCACCUGCUAGCCUAGGCUCAGAGACCUAACUUGAGCAUACUCUUUAAGCAUAUGACUGCAUCACAUUUCAAUGUUAGUUGUUAAUCCCAUACAUAAUUCAAUAAGCCUGAUUAUAAUGCCUACACAAAUUGUACACUAGCUUAGUAAAUUAAGCAUAGUUAAACGUUGAAGGUCUCACUUACUCUGAUGACAUACUCACUUAUUCUACUUAUAUUCCUGUCUAGUAUUAUGUUCAAAACGACGACACACCAUUUGUUAUCUAACUUAACUUAACUGUACAGCAUGAAGCACACAUAAAACAAAACUUGUGCACGCACUUUCAACGCCAUGUUACUGUUACCACAUGUAUGAAACUGCAUUGUUUGCCCGCUGUUGUGGCGCUGCAUGCUUAAUAUGUUCACUCUUUGCACGACUAAAAUAAAGAAUUUAAAAAAAAAAAAAAAUGUUAGUAAAAAUAUAUUUAAGACUAGUAUAUAGUUCAUGAAAGUGUGCACACAUCACAUAGGCCAUUUAUAUAAUUUGUUUAGAAGUAGAAAAAUAGAGUUGUGCAAAAAUUAAAUAAUAUCACUUUGUAGAGAAUAAUAGGUAAUCCCUAGAACUCCAAAUUUUGUCCUAGCAACCCUUACCUUCAUGCCUUUAACGUAGAGGUAAAAAUUACUUCUUUGAAUUCUUGGUGGUGUUCAGAGCAAAGGUUACUCGCAAACGUGUGAAUUGUAGGGAAAUUAGACUGUUUCAAAUUUUGGCUAUUUUGCCCCAAAUUGGAACAGUUCCAAAUCCUAUGUUUUCAGUUUUGGCAUAAAAUGCACACUUCACUUUGAACUGCCAACCAUUCUCUAUUCGAUUCAUACUGUAUCAAAUAACCCUGUAAAUUGGAAUUUAUUAGAGAAUUGAAAGACUUUAGACUAAAUAAUCAAAUUGGAAAUAUUUUUUUUGUACCUUGGCUAUUAUUCCAGUCUAGCUAUUCCCUAUUGACCACAGAUACUGCCUUAUUAAAUGUAUGUCUUUUUUACCAGGAAGUUGAGAUAAAGGAUUAGGAGACUGAAACUAGACUAUCUCAAAUGUUAUUGUAAGCUGGCUGAUAAAGAAUUUAUAUCUAUUUUUCCAGGGAAGUUGAGACAUCCUUAGAUAAUCUGAUAACUAAAUAUUGCGCACAGGACAUCCUCCUGAUAAUAAUUUCACUUGUAUUUUCAGUUUUCUAAUUUUAUCCUGUCCAACACACACAACUUCCUAGAAACGGCAGUAAUAAUUGGGCUAAAACAAAAACCACAUAUCGCUGUUAUAUUUUAAACGAUGCAUUUUAAAGCAUAGAAAUGUGACAAUAAGCACUAAAUUAUACGCUGCACUGCAGGUUUUCAGCUGAAAUUGCAGAUUUUGAAACAUAUUCUCCAGUUUUUGCUUAAUCUGCAAUUCAGGGUUUAGUGAAUUAACCACAUUUAAUUGACCAAAUUAUAGUAAUUGCGUAGAGCAAGCACUCAUUUUGUUAAGGUUUAUUGCUUUAGCAAUGCGUCUGCUGCCAAAUUAUAAACCACUAUAUAAUGUCGGAUCAAGUUGUACCUGGAUGUAACCUUAAAAAGUGGUGAGAGGUGGCUGAAGAUUGCAAAAAGAGGCAUUUUAAAACUGCAUUUCAAAAAAGAUACAAAAUGAAAAUUACUAAAUAUACCAUCAAACAUUUUUAAUUAUGGCAUAUAUUUACAUACCUGUUAAUUAUGUAUUAGGCAAAAAUGGAACUGGAAUUUUACAUUUUAAUUUUUUUGUGUGUUUAUAUUUAAAAUUCCAAUUCUCUUGUCGGCCCUCUCCAGUUUAGUGUAUAGUCCCAAGAGUAUUCUGCAAACUUUUGUGAGAUUUUCUGUCUUGUGUGACAUUCUAUCUUUAGAACAAGUGGCUGAAUGUAAUACUGUUGUCUUCUUACGAUAGAAUUACAUUACGUUAUUACAGUUCAUAAAAUGACAGGAAGCACCCAUGUUUGGUAUUCUUUCAGGGUCUGUUAUUUCCUACAGUCUGCCUUCAAGCCUGGAGAUUGUCAAGCAUCCCAUUGUACAGCGCUAUGGAAUUUGCUGGCGCUAUAUAAAUAAUAAAAUAAAAAUAGUGAACAUUCCGUUUUUAUGCAAAAUAGGGAAGGGAUAGAUUUACAGUAACAAAGUAAUUCCUGAAAUACUUACAAAAUUCAGAAUUAAGCAACAAGAUCGUAUGAAUCACAAAACAACACAUAUUCUUGUAGUAGCGUAAUCGAAAUUUCUUGAAACCUCACAGCUGCUUUUACGUAGCUGCAUACUUUUCGUUUGAAUGAUACGUUUAUCAAAUGAAUGCAUGAAUUUCAAUCUGGCUGCCUCGUCUGGUACUUUGACGUACUUAUCUCUCCUGCCAGUUUCCAUGCUGAUGGAGGUAAAACAGACUGCUUUAUUGAGAAAUCCUUUUAAAGUGUGGCUACGCCAAAUAUGCGUUGUGGUGUCCUCUUUUUUUUUUUUUUUCGUACAUAAAAAUCAUUUUAAAUACAAUGUGACUAAAAUAUGCUUAUUUAAGGCCCUAAAACGUGUAGCAGCAGCUUACAAUACUUGUGUAUAAAUCUCUUAAAAAUACACUAAAUAAUGUAUGUGAUAACAUGGAAUGCUGCAAAAAAAACAAAAGCUCUUUCUCUCCUUUUUGUGUAUAAAUGACUCCAGUAUCAACAUAAAAAAUGAAAACCAAAUAUAGUGUAGUAUGUAUCGACAAAACUGAAAAAUGCUCUAUAAACAGUGUAUCAGCACAAGAUGGACCUGGCUGUAGGUAAGAACACAUCUGGUGUUUUACAAGGGUAUCACCCAUCAUCUCCCCCUGAUAUGGAACAAUGAAGGGAGAGCAGGAGAUGAAUUCUUCUCUCUCUAACUCAGUUUAUAUGAUUGAAAUAAAAAUAUAUACAUCAUAUAGUAAUGCAACAUAUAUUGAGCGAACAGAUGUGAUAAAUUGACUCUCAUAAAUUAGAGAGCCUUCCAACUCCCAGCUCUAAGGUAUCGGCACUUGUGUGCUUAUCAGGAUGGCCCACAAAUCUCAAAUACAGAAAUCAUUAGGUGAAAUAAAGUAUCUAAAAACAUCAAAAUAUAAAACCAUACCCUUGCCCUGUAAUCCGAGAUGUAUUUCACCUGAAUUUUCAGGCUAUCUCAAUCUGCAUAUCACUUACUUUCAUCGUGUGGGAUUUUGACUUCCUGGUUCGAUCAUGUAAUCUGUCAUGUAAUUACAUAAGACGCAUCAUCAUCCAAUCAUUGUUUUCCUAUAAAAGGAACAAACCAUUAAUUCAUUACAAAAUAUAUAAAUAUACACCAUUUGGGUGUAGCUUUUCUGCUGUACAUCUGACCCAAAGUGUGGAACAAUGAGAGUUCUCAUAUGAGUAAGUUACGCAGUCCUCGGUAACUUAUAGGUCGCAUAUAAGAGAAAGAUAAGUUAUUCUACUAAAUAUGAUCAAUUGGUGACAAUAUAAAAAUACUUAAAUACUAUAAAAAUACAUACUAUACUAUAAUCGCAUAAAUGGACUAACAUUAACGGGCACAUAGCUCUGUAAUAGAACUCCCCAAUAAUGUUCUUCUGUUGGAGCAAACAUCUAUCCAACAUGAAUUAAUAUUUUUUCCAAACAUAAUUAGGGAUUAUUCUAGUUUACAGUGAACGAAUAAUCUAAAUUUUAUUAAAGACAGGAGGCGAAUAUUUGAUUAUCUUUCUUUACUGUAACCACCAGCAGAAAAGUAGUAGUUAACAAGGUUGUAAAAAAUUCAACCAAUCAUAACACAUCAUAAAACCAUAUAGUGCCAUCAGACUCCUCCCACUUCCUUUUUCUUGGUGGUGCCGAUCAGUAGUAGAAUCAACCAUGUAAACUGGAAACAUUCUGGAACCGUAACUCAGGUGUAACGCAAUUAAGUCAACCAUGUAAACGUGUUGUUGAGUAGAUCAACUUCGUGAAAGUAUGGUCUUCGACAAGAGAAAAAAAACAAGAGACAAGAGAAAAAACAACAAAAAAAGUACGCACUUUAAAGUGAUAGCUCAGAUCAUCUGGUGGACUUAAAGAUCAUAAUGGUACAAUGCGAUGUAGGACUAGAUCUUACUAGGCUAACAAAACCGUAUACCUACAACAAUCAAAUUACAAGAGAGUGUACAAUGCAAUAACAGUAGAAAAGGAGACUUACCCUAAGGGUGGGUUCCAGAGUGAACGAAGGGAGGGAAAAUAUUCGCCUCCUGUCUUUAAUAAAAUUUAGAUUAUUCGUUCACUGUAAACUAGAAUAAUCCAUAAUUUUAUGGCAAGACAGGAGGCUUCAUUUUUGCUGUUUUAACGCUCUUGAAUAAAGGAACAAGCUGCAUGUGAUUGUAGGUUUAAAAUAAAAAGUUCGAAAGGUAGAUUUCCUUGACCAGUCUGCGGAGGAUAGAAUAUCCGCCAGCAAGCUGCCUGCAUGAAAGGCAGAAGAUGCGGCCCCACCUCUAACGGAGUGAGCACCGAAUGAUUGAUUAAUUCCUGCUUGGGUAAGCAACCAUCUUAUCUCAUCCAGCGUGCGAUUGAGGGGGAAGAGACCGGUUUGUGAGGUCUGACGUAAGAGACAAAGAGAGUUCCAGUAGGGGAACGUAGAGAGGUAGUGUUCUCAAUGUAACAACGGGUGCACGGCUACACAGAGAGACGGUCUGUCGGGAAAGUAUGGGUAAAAAACUGAGGAGGAAUUAGUCUUCGUGCAUCUAGUAAUAGUAAAUCUGACACUAUCUGGUGUGAAGGCCACAACAUGAGAGUCAAAGGCCUGAAUGUCUGAAACUCUGCGGAAGGACACCAGGCACAGGAGCAGGGCCAAUUUUGCAGAAAGUUGGCAUAGGGAUAAGGCCUCGUUAGAAGGCCAGGAAUCCAACCUUAGAAAUAUCCCUGAAAUUCGAGUACUUGUCAGUAGGCGGCCUUGUCAAACGUAUGCCCCGUAGAAGUCUGCACACGGAAGGGUGUUUCCCAACCAUUGAAUUAUCAAUAGUGUCACGGGCCGCCGAAAUGGCGGAGCGAAGAAUAUUAAGCGAUCGGUAUGAUUUACCCUAAUCGGAGAGAGGAUAUAAAACUUUUAAAUGGAUGAAAGAGGAGUUGAAACGGGAUCGAGGUCCCUUUCCAGACACCAGUUGACCCAAAUCCGCCAUGCGGAGAGAUAGGUUCGUCUGGUUCCUGGAGCCCACGAGUCCCAUAGGAGUGUUUGAGCUGUGCGUGAAAGUCCCGCGACAUGCCAAGCUACCAGUUGAAGAUGACCCUGUAGGGUGAGUGGAUGGUAAUCACCCGCUGUGUUCUUGAGGACUCAAAAGGAGCGAGGUAGUAGGAUGGAGUAAUCUACUGAUAGUUCCAGGAGGGUGGGGAUCCAAGUUUGGGCCCUCCAUAGUGGAGUGAUUAUUAUUAUCCUGACCCUUUGAGCUUUGAAGGGUGAAGGGUUCGUUGAAUCAUCGAGAAAGGAGGGAAAGCAUAAGCUCCUCUCCGCAGCCAAGGUUGCAGAAAAGCGUCGACUGCCAGAGAUAGAGGGUCUGGUAGCCAGCUGAAGAAAUCGUCUGUCUGACGAUUCAGGCGAGAUGCAAAAAGGUCUAAUGUGAGGGGUCCCCGUAAUAGAUUAAUGUGGUGAAACAGGAAAGGGUCUAAUUGCCAAUCGCUGGCAGCUCUCCAAUGACGCGAAAACCAGUUCGUGACUAAGUUGUCGGGCCCUGGGAGGUAUUCCGCUCGAAUGGACAGGUUCCUGUCCAGGCAGAAUUGGUACAGGUCCUUGGUGACAUCGGACAGAAGUUUGGAUUUGGAUCCUCCAAGUCGGUUUACAUACCGCACCGCGGAGAUGUUGUUCAUCCGUAGUACCAGGGAGCAGUUGGAGGCGUCCUUUGCAAAGCUGUGGAUCGCAAAGGAUCCUGCAAUGAGCUCUAGACAAUUUAUGUGGAGUGCCUGUUCUGAUGGGGACCAGAGACCCCCUGUGGAGGUUUGGGCACAUGUAGCACCCCAACCUAAGAGGCUGGCAUUGGAUUCCAGGAUAAAAUCUGGUUGAGAUCCGGAGAUCGCUUUCCCAUUCCAGGCUUCCAUAUUGCGAAGCCACCAGUGGAGUUUGAUGAGAACUUAGUCUGUCAGAGAUAUGAAUUGGUCGUAAGAGGUUGAGCUAUGCAAGUAGUUUUCAACCGUUGCAUUGCCCUGUAAUGUUAAGGCCCGGGGAAUAUAGCCUGGAUUGAUGCGGACAAGAGUCCAAGAAUGUGUGCAGGGUCGCGGAGCCGAGGUCGCUGAGUAAUUUUUUAAUUUCUUUUCUUAUUUUUGAUUUUGGGGUAAGGCAGUUGCAAGGUUGCCUGAACCGAAUCUAUUUGAGAGCCCAGAAACUGGACUAUCUGAGAGGGUUCCAGAUCUGACUUCUGGAAAUUUAUAACAAAAUCAAGGUUUUGAAGGAGAGCAGAGGUCAUGUGCGUGUGUUUGCGAAGCAAAUGUUGGUCUUGGGCCAUAAUCAGGAUGUUGUCUAGAUAUUAUGCAAUGUUUUUGAGAUGGAAAUGACCGGAUUUGGCGAUAGAUUGAACAUGAGGCUUGAAGGAGAGGUUGGAGUGAAAGAAAACCCAUAGGCAGUGAGCCUGUGUGGUAGAGCUGGUGGUAGCACCGUUGACUUGGAGGGAGACAGACACAGGAGUAACACUUGAGGGAGGAAAGACCAGAAUUUCAGUUUUGGUCAAAUUUAGUUUAAGGAAGUGGGUAGCCAUCCAGUUAAAAACAGCAGAGAGGCAGUCAGAGACACUAGUCAAGAGGGACGGGGAGAGAUGAGGAGAGGACAGGUAGAUUUGCGUGUCAUCUGCAUAGAAAUGAUAUUGGAAGCCAAAGGAGCUAAUGAGUUUACCAAGGGAGGCAGUAUAGAUGGAGAACAGUAGGGGACCAAGGACUGAACCUUGGGGGACACCAACAGAGAGGAGUUGGGGAGAAGAAGCAGAGCCAGAGAAAGAAACACUGAAAGAGCACUGGGAGAGGUAGGAGGAGCACCAGGAGAGAGCAAUAUCUUGUAGACCGAUAUUGCGGAGGAUGAGAAGAAGCUGUUGAUGAUCAACAGUGUCAAAAGCCGCAGACAGGUCAAGGAGAAUUAGGAUAGAGUAGUGACCACGAGAUUUUGCAGCGAGUAGAUCAUUGGAUACUUUGGCCAGUGCCGUUUCCACAAAGUGGAACGUACUCCCUGAGAACGGAGUAGUGUCAUGACCGGUUUCAUUAACUUGGUGAAACACCAAGGGGCGGAACAAAGUCCAAAAGGAAGGCAGGUGAACUGCCAAAUUUUGUCUUGCCAGAGAAAUUGAAGGAAGGCACGAUGACUUUGUGUGAUUGGGACCGUGAGAUAGGCAUCCCUGAGGUCGAAUCUGGAGAACCAGUCUCCCACGCAAAGUAGGUCCCUGAGAAGAUGGAUACCUUCCAUCUUGAAAUGACGGUAUGUGAUAAAUUGAUUCAGUUCUUUGAGAUUGAUAAUAGGAUGGUGGUCUCCCGUCUUUUUUUCGUUCAAGAAAAAUGGUGCUGAGGAAGGUGUAAGGGAAAGGCGAGUGUUCGAUCGCCCCUUUGUCUAGUACUUUGUGUAACUCUGAGUUUAAGGUUAGUUUGUCUGCUUCCGACAUCCCUAGGGGUGUCGGAGGAAAGUUUUGAAUGGGGUGUGUGAGGAAAUCUAUUUUGAAACCCCUGACUGUAUGAAGGAUUCAGUGAUCCUGAGAAAGUAGUUUCUACUGUUGGGGAAAAAAAGGGUUAAUCGACCUGCAAUUGGUAAAUAAAAAAAAAAAAAAAGUAAGGUCCAUUACCUGAAGCAGUGCGUCCGCGCAGGGAUGCAGAACCACGUCCUCGAAUAGAGUCUCUGGUGUUGAAUAGCUGUCUGUGAUAGGAUCGAGUGGGUCCUGAGGACCAAUAGUCUGUGGGUCAAGGCCUGUAGCCUGCGAAGGCUGCUCUACUGGUAGCUCGGCCCCUGUAGCGACCAGCUCUCCCGGAAAAACUUUGUUUGGGAGCGGAAAACCCUGCGUAACGAGGACUGGGCUUUAUUUAGUGUGGUAAAUACAGAGACAUGCUUGGAGAGGUCUCGCAUAACACUGUCACCAAAUAAUAGACCAUCGGCUUCUGGUCCCAAUUCCUUUGAACUUAAGUCUACCAAUUUGGCAUCAAUUUUAUAAAGUGACGCUUUUCGUCUUUCGAUAGAAAUUGCCACAUUGGCGUUGCCCAAUAGGCAUAGAGCUCUCUGAGCCCAUUCUCUUAUAAUGUGUGGGUCAAAUUCACAGCUAGUGAGUGCCUCAUCUGCCAGGGGGGGGUAGGGGUACUGCUGGGGGGGUAGGGGUUGCUGCUGGGGGGGGGUAGGGGUAUGGGUGCUGUGUGUCAGUAUAACCCCCCCCCCCUCCUUCUUACCUUUAAUGAAGUGGGGGGGUGGGGGGGGGGCAGGCGCCUACUCUGCAUUGAUGGCGAACCUGUGGCCGCGUACCCACAGAAAGGGCCCGGCGUGCCAUAGGUUCGCCAUCACUGCUCUAGAGGGUCUGUGGGAUCCUGCAUAGCGCAUGGCAGGGAGUGUUUAAUUUUUUGCAGGAGCUUUGCCUUUGCCCGCAGUAGCGCUAUUCCCUUUCCAGGGUCUUUUGCGCGGGGCACUUUCUUGGUCUGAAAGGUGGGAAUCCUCUGAGUCGGAGGGUUGGUGUGUAGAGGGAUGAACCUCUGUAGCAGUUUGCUCAUGAUAGGCUGCUAAAGCUUUGGGAAUGGACUCCGCAAUAGUGGAGAAAAGCCAUUCCCGAAGUUCUGCAGAAAUUGCAGGGCCUUGUCAAUCCGACAUAAUGUCUUAUUAGUAUUUAAGAAAAUUAUAGAGAAAUGAUAAUGAAGGCAGCUUAACAACUACAGGUAGUGGGGGUCACCCACACAAGAGUAGAAACAGUGGGGGUCACCCACACAAGAGUAGAAACAGUGGGGGUCACCCACACAAGAGUAGAAACAGUGGGGGUCACCCACACAAGAGUAGAAACAGUGGGGGUCACCCACACAAGAGUAGAAACAGUGGGGGUCACCCACACAAGAGUAGAAACAGUGGGGGUCACCCACACAAGAGUAGAAACAGUGGGGGUCACCCACACAAGAGUAGAAACAGUGGGGGUCACCCACACAAGAGUAGAAACAGUGGGGGUCACCCACACAAGAGUAGAAACAGUGGGGGUCACCCACACAAGAGUAGAAACAGUGGGGGUCACCCACACAAGAGUAGAAACAGUGGGGGUCACCCACACAAGAGUAGAAACAGUGGAGGUCACCCACACAAGAGUAGAAACAGUGGGGGUCACCCACACAAGAGUAGAAACAGUGGGGGUCACCCAAUAACUAGAGGUGGUGAUCAACCACAUAGUACAAUAAAAAUAUAUAUAAUAGCCAAUGAGGUGGGGGCCACCCACUAGAGAAGAACAAAUGGUGAUAAUCGCGAGUAUAAUACAGAAGUAUAUGUAGUAAUAAAGUGGGGGUCACCCACAAAAUAAACAAGGUGGUGUCAGCCACACAAAGUAUUGUUUGUCAGUAAUUAGGUGGGGAUCACCCACAGAAGAGACAAAGGUGGUGUCAGCCACACAAUAAUUUUUUUAAUGAAUUGGUAAUUUAUACAAGAAAUACAAUUGAGUGUAGGGAAAGGGGUUCACCCAGUUUGUUUAGCAGGUUGGUCUUGUCUGGAGCAAAAAAACCUGCAAAGAUAUAUACAAGAAAAUUGUGAUCAGUAUUCUGAUAGUUUUUUGGAAAUAACCUUUAAAUAAGGGUUAAUUAAUAGAAGGAACGUACCUUCCGAAAGGGCAGUACCAGUGCCCACAGAAUGAUACUCUAGUGUACCGCGAGUGGAAAAUGGCCGCUGCGAGUAAAAGGGGGCGGCGCGAUCGCGUCAGAGCCCACAGACGGCGGGAAGGUGGUUAAAAAAGGCGCGAUGGCUGAUACAAGAAGAAACGGUCUCCUGGGAAACGGAGUCCGUGUUGAAGUGAUUCCCCGAGGGGAGGGAAAUAACCUGGCGGGCCGUUUCUGUAUGAAGCAAGAAACGGCCCGGCGGAAAAAACUGAAAGUUUGUUACACACAUUAAAGGUGUACGGUACUGAAAAUUAAAAAAAGGUAAAAAUACAAUUGCAGAUGAAAUAAAAACUUCCUAAAAAGGGAAGUUACCCUGAGAAUAACAUGAACCUGCCAUUGGGUUACCCCAGUACAGGAUUAACAUAUAGAAAAUUAUCAAAUAAUCUAUGACCAUUAAAAAUUCAAAUAGUAAAACUAGGCAACGUAAUUAGAAUAGACUCACCUGGGAGGCAAGCAGCAAAGAAAGAGGAAGUGGGAGGACUCUGAUGGCACUAUAUUGUUCUAUGAUGUGUUAUGAUUGGUUGAAUUUUUUACAAUCUUGUUAACUACUUCUUUGCUGCUGGGAGUUAGAGUUAAGAAAGAUAAGCAAAUAUGAAGCCUCCUGUCUUGCCAUAAAAUUGUCUAUUGGCAGAAUAUUCUACUGUCAGAAAAGGAAUUUCCUACUACAAUAGCAGGAUUCAUAUUUUUUUUAGCGGGACAUAAAUGAACGAUAUGUGACGCUUUACUGGAACAACACCGCAGGAGGGUUGCAUUUAUUACGGAAUUCACUCCCUAAAAUAGAUUCACUUGAACCUACAAUUUGAUAAGAUUGUUUUUCUGUGAUCUAAGUUUCUGCAGAAAUUGCUGGCAGAUUACCACAGACGUUCAGAAGUGGCUGUUCUAGUGUGUUGUUUAUGUGGUGUUCAUUCCCGUUCAUUGUAGAGCAUUAUAAUGAAAUAUUGACCAGCCCCAAGCUCCAGGAAAUAUAGGGACAUAUUUACUGGCAGAAAAUAAUUCACUGUGUCAUCCUAUAAACACACAAAAGAUGAGAACUUCCUUCAAGCAAAAAGCAGAAGUAGUUGAGUUGUCACCAUAACAUGAUGGUGUUAUACUUAUUUUCAUAGUCAUUCUCUCACUAAUUAACUACAGACUAGUCACAUCGUCUCAGGGAUCUGGAUCGUUAUGGGAAGAUGCACUGUGUAGUUUUAUCAAUAACCAUUAUUGUAGAUGUUUUUUGGAAAUAGAGAUAGGCAGAGAAGAUUGAGGCCUAGCUCUUGUAACUAAAUUAUUAAAUGCUCAGUGGUGUUACGUCCAUAAGGGCACUUAGGGCUGACCCUACCAGCUAAUUGUCAUAGUUGAAAAUAAUAUUUAAAAAAUAUAUAUUGCCAGUGGAAUAAGGAGAUUUUGUUUAUUUUGGGAAAAGGUACAAUUGUGUAUUUCCAUUAUAAAUGGUAAACCUACACCAGGGGUAGGCAACCUUUUAGCAGCACUGUGCCGAUAUAGGAUUGUGAUGUCCCGUAGCGUGCCGGUCCUAUUUUUUUUAAAUUGAGGUGUAUUUUAUUCUGCUUGUUAUUUUUACUGCAGUUGCUUUGCAUCGUUGUAUUUGUGUAUAUAUGAGCUAUUAUAUUGUAUAUGUUCAUUAGUAGUUUAUGGUAUUGUGUAUGAUACAUAUGAAUGUGGGCUGCUUGUGGAAUUGUGUGUGGAUGGACAUGUCACAUUGUGUGUUUGGUAGUGUGUGUGGGCUGUUUGGGGUAUUGCAUGUGAGAGGCUGCAUGUAUGUGGAUUGUUAGCGGGUUACGUUUGUGCAGAUUGUGUGUAUGUUUGUGUGUGGGCUGUUCGUAUUAUUUGUAUAAGGGGAGGGUUAUUCUUCAUUUCUGUGUUAUGAAUGUAAAUUAGUGAUAGUAAAAUGUCUACUUACUGUUUAUACCUGUAUUCAAUAUCUACUCAAAAUGGCUGCUAGAGCACCCCCUCCCACCGACUAACUACCUCGUGUAACAAGAUGGCGCCUACAUCCGGAGUAAAAUCCCGGGAUAAUGGUGACAUCACGCCUCAUAGGAUGUGCAUUAGAUAAGACUCUUAACACCUAACCAAUUAAAGAUGUAUUCUCUCUGUUAUCUACAUUUUUGCAUAUGAUAUAUUUUUGCCUUUAUGAGGGGCUUGCCGCCCCCUGAGUAAACAUUUCAAAGUUUUUCAUUAACCUGAUACCCGUGUCUCAGUGUAAUUUACUUCAGAGCGUGCACGCAUUUAUUUUAACAAUUUGGAAAGGAGUAAAUACUCAGAUAAACAUUUGGUUUGAUCCACAAUAUCUGUGUAUAUCUAGCAGUACGGUUGGCUUCCCUGGGUUCCAGUGGGGACCAGGCUGGCCUGGUACAGGUCAAAGACAGGAGCUGCAACAGCAGCUGCAGGCUGCUCUACUACAUUGUGGAUUCCCAUUCUAAAGUUCUUGAAGGAAGUGAUCUGAGAUCACUACCUCUAUGUGCUGCAAUGCUUAAAUUGAGGAUUGUCCUUCACCAUCUUUUCGUAUUAGCAGAUAUUUGAAGUUUUACUGGGACUCCUGAUAGGACAGAGCCUGUUUGGCUCUAGCAGCCUUGAGUGCCGUGCAAAGACACCUCGAGUGCCGUGCAUGGCACUAGUGCCGUAGGUUGCCUACCCCUGACCUACACCAUUCAGUAUGAACAGUGCUAUAUUUUUCUUCCACUUCAGCACCAACUGAUCCACUGAUAAUGAAUGAUGGCUGUCUGGAUAAGUUAUUGAGAGCAUCUGGGCAUGUGUAGAACUUAGGUCAUUUAUGAAAUCUGUCCUGUUUGAGAGCACCUCAGACAUGCACAGUGUGCCCCUAGAUGUGAUUUUAUUUAGUUUAAUUUAAAUAUAUUCAUGUAAAUAUUCAAUUUAAGAACCAGAAGAGUAUCUUAACUGGACACCUUAUGUCAAAUAGUUCAAAAGUCUUACACUCUCAUUCAGAGCUUUUUGGACAGUAGAGUGGAGGUAAAGAACCAAGUUUGUAAAACAAAGAUCAUGACUUAAAUUCGCAAAUUGUGGGAUUUUUUUUUUUUUUUUUCCUCUGGACAGCCAGUGCUUAUCAGGGGGUUAUGAUUUCAAUACCAGUAUUUUUGUAGUGUUUGUUUAUUUUUCCUCUAGUGUAAUGUAGUAUCGAAUGUAUAUUCUAAUGCCAUUUAUGUAUGUUAUCUUAAUAUAUUUAGUGAAUGCUCGUAUUGAAACAUGGCCAAACUAAAUGCUCUUCACUUAUUGAGCUUUUGUGGACUGAACACUUAGGAGUGAAAAAAGGUUUACUUAUGUUUUGACCCAUGUUAGAUAACACAUUAAUUGCAUGCCGCAUCUCAUGUGUUUGGUUUUUUUCUGAUAUAGCAAAAAUCAGAAUUGAAACUCUUCUACCAGAACGAAUAAAAAAAAUAACAGACCACACAAAGUAGCAAAGCUCACUGUCCAUACCAGCACGGUGUGCUUCUGCUGAUAAUGUGUUGUCCAAUAGCUAAACUGUGUGCUUUCUAAAAAGGAAGCACCUGUACUUAAAGGGUUACUAGAAGCACCAUGAACACUUUGGUGAUUUGAAGUGGUCAUGGUGCCUGGAGAAUAUAGUUUCGCUAUGAAACGCUGCACAUAAGAGUUUUUAACUAGCAGCGUCAUAGGGGGCGUCACCACCCAGCCUAAUCUCAAUGGCUAAUGUCAAUUCUGUGCAAUUUUUCAUUGUCAAGCCGAAAAUUGAAUUGAGUCAUCAUAUGUUCUUCAAAUGGUCGCACUGUGAAUGCAAUAUUGUGUUUGUGUCCUUCAGAGAGCGAGAGUUUACAUUAUCUCCAGACUGCAGAUUAGGUUACUCAAUCAUGAGAUGUUUGUUACAUUCAGUGCAUGCCCUUUUAACAAUGUGUUUGGGUGCCUCAGAGAGUGACAGCUUACUUUAUGAUGGGGGUUACUGUGAGUGAUAAGUGCUCCAAGUAAUGUGUUGAGGGGACUAUUUGUCACUUUGAGUGAAACACUGGGGAUUGUCCCUCCUCUCUGUUUUCAGACGGCCCAGUCUGCCCUCGCUGUAAUAAGAAAGGUUUGGCUCCCUUUAAAUGUUUAUCAUGUGACUACUACUGCUGCGGAGCAUGCUGGAAAGAGCUGCUAAAGGUUUGUAAUUUGUUUUUCCCUAUAAUAAAGGUGAUAAAUGGUCAUCCUUAAACUGCUUCACUUAGGCCUCUAAUACUGUUGGAUAACGUUUACAAAAAUGAUUUAAUAUUUUUGCAUAUACCUUCCAAAUGAUUUAAUAUUCUGAAAAAAUAUUAUCUAAAGAUUACAAACUAAUAUAUUUUUUUUAUAUACUCCUAUAUUGUUUUAUAUAUGAUGUAUUUUGAUAUAUUUACUUUAAAAUCUUAAAAGUUUCUAAAAAGAGAAAAAAAAUUAAUCAUUUGAAAAGUUUAUCCAACAAUAUUAAAUAGAGGCUUUACUUGCUUAUAUUACGGUUUGUGAUGCAUUUUUUUUUUUUUUACAAAAAAUUAUUUUUAUUCCUCCUCUUCAGAGAGCUAAAGUUUGUCCCGCUUGCAAUAACAGAACAACAAAGAAGUAUCUGGGUCAGAUAUUUUUCACGGCACAGCUGUAGGAGCAGAGUAAACGUAACUUUACCCGUAAGAAAACCAUUAUACCUCAUAUCUUCCUUGCGUUCUGCAGUCGCUCUGGACAGCACCCGUCAAAAUACUCUCUGCAUAAUACAUUGGUUUUGGCCUACACAAACUCUUCUGUGUAAAAUUAAAGAAAACUGUAUCAAGUAUGUAUUAUCAUGAACAUAAAAAAUGCACAGCACAAAAUGAGAUCUAUUUCAUCUUCACUUCCCAUAGUUAAGUAUUUACAUUUUCAGCAUCAAUAGUGUUUGAUUAACAUGUUGUCACAGUAAAUACUGCUGAUGUCAGUAAAGGAACAUAAUACAUAAAAACUGUGUUGGUCUAAAGGCAUGGUUGCACAAAGUAAUUAUAUUUAUUGGACAAAACUAUUUUAUAAGACCGAAUUUAGAACACCAGCCAGUGAUAUCCCUCAAAGGUUCUACUUGUUAAACAAUAGGAUUUAAAAAAAGUUUUUAUUUUUUUUAUUAAAUGCCAUCAGUAUUUUGCAUCUGUAUAUAUAUUUUAUGUAAAUGCUUUAACUGUAAAAUUACAUAUUUUUAAUGACGAU